AUGAAGCUGGCAGACUGGUAAAUAGACAGCACAUGAGCACGCCACUUACUCUCGAUGCGCUUUAACAAUAUCAUGGCACGUUCUAUAGUUAAACAUUGUAAGCAACCCAGGUUACAACCAUAGCACACUAAGCUAACCCUAUAUCUCCAAUACCCUCAAAAAACACUCUUCCUAGAACCCAAACGCCUCUGUCACACUUUUAACUCUGUACUUUGCCCUGUUGCUGCUGCUCCUCCUACAACUUGAACAUUACAAACUUCGCAACUCACUUCACUGAGAAGAUUUCUGUGAUCAGAGAAGAGAUCUCUCAUCUAUCUAUUUUCCCUAUCAAUGCUUCCACUAACUCCACUCCCUCUGCUGUUCUAUGCUCAUUCGCUCAAAUAUGCUCAUUUGCUCAUUUGCACAAGAGGUUUCUGCUCUUCUCUGGUCCUCCCACACCACCACCUGUCUCUUGACCCUAUUCACUUAAAUCUCACUUGUACUCUCUCCCUCUCCUUUUCUAACUCUGGUCUUUACUGAAAUAUUCUAAAUAUUCUCUCCUUUGGCAUAUUUCCUUCAUCCUUCAAACAUGCAACCGUAAUCCAAUUCUAAAAAAAGCCCAACCUUGACCCUAACUCCAACUACCACCCUAUCUCACUACUACCAUUUUCCUACAAUAUCCAUUAGAGAGUUGUGUAUGCUAGACUGACCGUCUUCUUUGAAUCCAACUCUCGGCAUGACCCACUUCAGCCUGCAUUCUGCUCUCAUCACUCUGUCAAAGUGGUCCUAAUGAAAGUAUCAAAUGAUUUAAGUGCUGCUAAAUCCACUGGUCGCUACUCUUUUCUGAAACACCUUGAUCUUUCUGCUGCUUUAGAUCCUGUUGAUCACCAACAACUUCUUCUCAUUCUUGUAAUCUCGAUCUAUCGGACUCUGCUUUUUCCUGGUCCUCCUCCUACCUCUCUCAGCACUCUUUUAGUGUUUCUUUAUCUGGCACUUCCUCUGCAACCCCUCUCUGUUGGUGUUCCCCAAAGUUCAGUCCUUGGUCCCCUAGUGUUCUUGAUUUAUACUGCCCCCCUUGGUAAACUCAUCUGCUCUUUUUGCUUCCAAUAUCAUUUCCAUGUGAAUGACAGGAAAAUCUAUUUGUCCUCUCCUGGGCUAUCGCCGUUCCUCUUGACUUGUGUCUCUGACUGCUUCUUAGCUAUUCCUAACUGGAUAGCUUCUCACUUCCUUAAACUCAACCUGUCCAAAAUUGAACUUCUGGUCUUUCCUCCCUCAAGUGUUGCUACUCUUGUGUCUGUCUCCCUCCAAGUCAACGGCACUACCGUCAGUUCUACCUCGCAAACUCACUGCCUAGGUGUUUUCUUUGACUCCAGUCUCUCCUUUACCCCUCAUGUCCAGUCACCCAUCAAAUCCUGCCGAUUCUAUCUCAAAAAAUAGCUUGCAUCUACCCCUAUCGAACACAAGCUGCUGCUGCUGGUGGUGGUCAAUGCCGCUAUCCCCUCUUGCCUUGACUACUGCAAUCUGCUUCUCAGGGGUCUUACAAUACUGUCUAUAUUUAAUGCGGCAACAGGGCUUAUCUCCCUGUCUGUUAGCACCUCCCAUGCCUCCCCCCUCUCUGUCAUUGCUUACACUGGCUUCCCGUAAGAUAUAGGGCCCAUUUAAAGGAACACUAUAGUCUCUAGAACAACUACAUUUUAUUGUAUUUGUUCUGGUGAGUAGAAUCAUUCCCUUCAGGCUUUUUGCAGUAAACACUGUCUUUUCAGAGAAAAUACAGUGUUUACAUUACAGCCUAGGUAUAACUCUACUGACCACUGCUCGGAUGGCUACUAGAGGUGUUUACUGUGGCAAUGCUGCACACUGUGCAGUACUGCCAUUCAGUUUCUCCACCCUCUGCAUGCAGACACUGAACUUCCCUAAUAGAGAUGCAUUGAUUCAAUGGAUCUUUAUGAGGAGAUGCUGACUGGCCAAGGAUAUGUUUAACUUGUGCAGGAUCUGCCCUUGAUCAGUCUCCUUGACAGUCUCAGCCAACCCUGGGACUGCAUUGGGAAAGCAUUGUGAUUGGCUCACAGAAUCACUUCUGUUGAUGUCAGGUAUGCAGGCAGGUCAGGGGCAGAGGCAGCAGCUGCAUACUUGAAUACAAAUAAGAUUUCGCUAUAUUUAGGAAGGCAAGGGGUGGCCAGGGGGGCCUAGAUGGUGAUUUUAACAAUACAGGGUCAGGAAUACAUGUUAUGUUCCUGACCCUAUAGUGUACCUAAAAUUCUGGUACUUGCUUACAAAUCUCUACAUAAUGCUGCUCUUACCUAACUAUCUUUACAAUUACACUCUGCUGAAGACCUGUGUCUAUCCUCUGUUUGUACUCACACCUCUGAUGCCCACCUUCAAAACUUCUCUAGGACUGCAAAAAAGAUGAUAUAUAUCCACAUAUACAUGAGAAAUAUAUAUUUUUUUAAAUAUCUAGGAGAAAAGAACACACAACAUAGUGUAAUACAGCUAGAAACAAUAAAUGGAGGGUGGGGGAGGCAGAGCACUCACAAAAUAAUAGUAAAUAGUAGGCACAUCUCCCCAUAGGGUUAUCUCCAAAGGUGGUGUCGUGUUCCAAUAGAUGUCUUGUAAAAUAAAGACUCUAAGAAGAGAGAUUAUUAGUCUUUAUUUUAUAAGACACAGAAUUUAAUCUUCUUUUACUAUUAUUAUUAUUUUAUUAUUUAUACAAUAAACAAUACUUGUUGCACAACGGAGGUUUGUGGCAGAAGCACUCUAUCCCCAGAGAGCAGUUACACUCAUCACAAAGGCUGAAUGAAGCUUAUCUGUUAAAUGUUAGAAGCUAUACAGUGAGUGCUAUCAGUUAACACCCAGCAUAGCGCUAUGUUAAGAGAUCAGAAGAGCUGCAGUCUGAUUGUACAUGUGAAGAGAGAGACCUCAGCCUAAUUAACGCAUGCUCAUGCAUCAGUAUAUAAUGCUGAAACACUGCACAGACAGAGUCAUCACAUCACAACCACUUCAGCAAGCUGAUGUGGUUACAGUGCUUAGGGUACACUUUUCAUUCAAUCACCACUGGAGACACAGAGCUAUUCUGGGGCAAAAUUCUAAAAGUGGAGCAGUCCCCAUGGAAACCAAAUGGAAUAUCCCUGCUGAUUUUAAAACUUUGCCACAACAUUACUUUUUAUACAUAACCUCUAUUGAUUCAAAUGAACCCUUUAACAUGGCAAGAUAUUGAGUUCCAGACCCUCCAUGUUUUCCUGGACUUUAUCACUUCUUAAAGCUGAUAGGCAGUGCACGAACACCUUUGCCCUGUAAAAUGUAGAAUUCAGAUGCCAAAGGGAGGGGGAAUAAUCCGUUCUUCAAGCAAUCCCUUUAGGAUCUCUUCUUUAAUUAUGAUGUGGUUUUGUUUCUGCAGCAAAAUUAUUUUACAUAUAGCAGUAUGGUACAUUUUAUGUACCAUAUAAUACAAUGGCCUUGAUUUAAUUUGUUUUAAUCAGAAAUUAUUCCAUUAGAAAAUACUUUUCAAAAGUGUUUUCUAAAAAAAUUCUCAUAGACUUUAAAUGGACAAUCUGGACCUCUAAAGCACUUUAGCUUGCUGAAAAGCUGUGUGGAGAGUGUAUCCUCUUUUUGGAAAUCGUGCAGAUUUUACUAGAAAAUGACACUUGUUUAAAUUAUAGCAGUUACACCCCCUGGCUUUUCAAGCAGACAACAGGUCCUGUUACUUCCUGGAUUGGUUGGCUUGUUUGCACUGAACUUCAAGAGGCAGCAAUUGCCCACAGCACCUGCCUUGUUAAGACUUUUUUAUUGAGCUGCAUUGGGAAGUCUUUGAUUGGAUAGCCACAGAGAGUCUGUGUGGGUUUAGAAGGGGAGGGUUUGCAAAGGCAGCAGACAAGAGAUCUGCAGUUUCUGCAAGCUGUUUUUAGAUAUACCUCUAAUGAAAAAAUGCAUUAUUAAAUGCAUGAAAGUUUUCAUUUUGGGUAUAUCUACUAACAGUGCUUUUUAUUUAUUUUGUAGUUGGGCAGCGGAGUGUCCCUUUAAUGAUGACUUUUGUAGAUAAAUCAUUUAAAGAAAAUGUUUUCUAACAGAUUGGAAUCAUUUUUGAUGCGGAUUCAAACAAAUUAAAUAGUGGCCAAUAUUAUCAAAGCAGCCUUGUUAUCAUACAUACUUAUUCACUAAAGUACAAAUUAAAGAUGUGCAUGGGGGGAAAAUGUGUUUAGUUCAUUUCUCAUUUGUGAAUUUCAUUUGGUCAAAAAUUCAGAAAUAUUGAUUCCGACACAAUAACAUUCUCCUCAGAAUUUUGAAAUUUGAAUGCCCAUUAUUUGUGGGGAAAGAAUGAAAGUAGCAGUUGUGAUAGAAUUUAUCUUGAUUCCAAGGCUCAAGCUUAUAGGUGUCAUAUAAUGAUAUCCUAUAUUAAAAUUGGCUAACUUGGACUCAGGAAAUGCUUGAUGCUUAAACAACACUUAAGACCAUAUAUGUCUAAGUUCCGGGAGCAGAGAGCCCCCACCUAAGAUGUCUCUGCUCUAAUCAUUUUGUUCUCUCUUACCUUGAAAACUUAUUUAUGUGUACAUGACGCUCAUCCCUAUGUCUUAUCUGUAUUCUCUUCCUAUUACUGUUCUAAGAGUAUUUGCACGUAAGCACUUACUUUUUAAUGUAUAAAACCCAGCUGAUGAAUAAAACGUCAGAGGCUUAUUUUGAAUACCAACAGGUGUCUGGUGUCUAAUUCUUGCUUCUCCAAGUGCACUUGUAACAACAAUUUGGGCUUCCUCUGAAUAUAACAAAGAUCAACAUUUCUGAUCCACAACACAGUCAAAUACCUUCUUGUUCAGUUGUUUAGUAGAUAACUCCCUAAUUUUUUAUCAUUAUCAAAAUGAAUGUAUAUGAAGCAAAUCGAUUUUGUUAAGAAUUCUCCAUUUUUAUUUAUUUUUAUUAGAUUUUUGUUUUCAGUUAUACUUGUUAUAAAUUUCAUUUUAGAUUCACAAAUUGUUAUUAGUAAGUCACUUAAUAUUUCCCAGAGCAGCCCUGCCCCUGGCCACAUCCCAACUCACACCACUAAAAUUAAAGUGUGCUUCUUUGUCCAAUGGAAAUGCUGGGAGGUAUGCAACAUGGUUAUAAUUAUUGAGCCCCAGGUCACUCUGUUAUUUUCUUAGUUGUGUUAUGGUAUCCUCACUUUUAAAGAGGCACUCCCCACAGCUAAAGCAAGAGUGUAUCCUCUUUUUUUUUAUUAUUUUACAAAAAGUACAGAUUUCAAUAAAAAUUGGCACAUUUAUGAAUUAUACUGGUAACACCCCCUGGCUGGCAAGCAGAAAACAGGGCCUGUUCCUGGUUUGUUAAGCUCAGUGGAGGCAGGUAACUGCCCAGAGCAAUAUAGCAGCGCCCCGCUAAAACGAUCUUUAAACAAUGGGGGAGCACAGGGUACAGUGUUUCAUUGAUUGACUUAUUAUUUGCUGUAGAAACAAAAGCAUGCAUAAAAGCCAUGUGUUUCACAAUUAAAGCGGUACCGUUCUCAAUUUUAUGAGAAUUGAUAUUGGUGGAGAAACUAUACCCCUCUGUUUAUGCUCUCUCUUCUUGGCACUACUAGUUGAGUAGUGCUGGUAGGAAAAGUUCUCUGCGGAAUAGGUCUAGAUCCCAGGCCUUGGGCCAGUCCUCAUAGGUUCUCUAUACCACUAAGCCCUGGUGCACCCUCGUCCCGCAUGCAAGUAGUCAAACUGUUUUAGAAAGGUUUGACUACCUUCCAGGGAUCUGCUCCCUGCCUUCACUACAGCCCUCGAAGAGCUGGAAGAUCCAUCUUUCUCUAGACCAGGCUUCCUCAAACUCCGGCCCUCCAGAUGUUUCUGAACUACAACUACCAUGAUUCUAUGAAUUAAAUAGAUAGGCUGAGAAUCAUGGGAGUUGUAGUUCAGAAACAUCUGGAGGGCCGGAGUUUGGGGAAGCCUGCUUUAGACAACGAGCUUCCACGUUUCUUGCAGACUCUAGUGGAGUUCACAGCGGGCAACGGGCGACGGGGUAACACGGCACUCCUGAAACUGUAACCGGUACAGAAUGCAUUAGUGGUUAUGGUGGUUGGAGUAUUGCUUUAAAUAAAGCAGAUUACGCGUGCGUGAAUCUUCCUGGUUAUUCAAUGUUUGUACCCAAGCCGCUCACUUUAAUUAUAAAUGUAAAAUAAUAAUAUAAAAAUAUAUACAGUAUAUGCAAACACUAGUUUUUUCUUGUUAACAACGUUUCCAUUUUUUUUUUUUUACUAUUGAUCUUCCUCACACACAGAAACCAAGGAAGUGAGGCAGGGCAGAGAGAGGUGAACAAUGUGCUUUAUUAAUAGCAAUCUCACAGCCCCCUAGAGUUUACUAGGCCUAAGGUCGCGUGGCCCGGUUGACGUCACCGCCGACCUAUUUACAACUCUUUGUAGCACAACAGCCAUUGUCCGGAGUUCUAAGCACUCGAGCCCUGAAACGCGUGUUGUCGCCCGCCCCCGUGGAGGCCAUUUUUUUGGUUGACGGACAGCCAGCAGCUCCCUUCAAGCUGGGUUUUGCUGCGCUUUUUACGUGCCGCCGUCUCUAGUGCAGUGUGCUCGGCGAUCUGUUUGGACGUGACCUAAUCUCAUCCUCGGACUCCAGGAGGGCGUGGCCUGGUGACGUCUCGCGGGGAGGAGGGGGAGGAGGAGGAGGAGGGAGGGAAGGGGCGUGCCCCCGGUGGGAUCCAGUGGGCGUGUCUCCGGCCGCGCCGGAAGCGCAGUCCUCCUCACGGUCCGAGUCUGCCUUGCGGCCUGCGCGGACGGUUAAAGCCUGCAGCUGGAGUAGUGGCGGCUAGCCGGCCGAUAAUCCGGGAUGGGGGGCAGUCCGGGCCCCGUGUGAAGCGAUUCCCAGCGAUGUGUGCGGGACAGGACAAGAUGGAGGACACCUGAGGCCAGACAGAGGGUGAGCAGCGCCGAGAGCUGGCUGCUACGGCCAUUAUAGGGGGAGGGCCGGGCCGGGCAGGGGGAGAUCGGGGGGACAGCUCGGUAACAGCACAGAUCGCAGCCUGGGAUCCCUGCACAGCCCCCCCCUGCACAGCACAGCCCAGGGCAUGAUGGGAGUUGUAGUCCCAGCACAUGGGGAGCUCUGUCUCCUGCCCGGCCCUCAAUCACCACAUCCUCCACCGGGGGCUGGAAAUAUAAAGGGAGCCCCCAUGGGGAGUGUCACAAUUACACCUUUUAUUACAUAGAUUAAAAAAUAAUAUAUAUAAUAUUAAACUUCAUAAUUUACUAAUUAUAUUCUGAUAUAACUCUGUGCCGUAUCUGCAUAAUACAACAACAACAAUAAUAUUAAUAAUAAAAAUCAUAAUAUAUAUAUAUAUACAAAUCUGUCCAUACAGCAGCAGCUCUGAGUGAUUGUGUAUGUCCAUAACAAUCCCAGAAUGCUGUGCAAAGCUUGCCAGUGUGCACAAAUAGCAUUGUCACUCUCUGAUCUAACCUCACACUUCAGGUUCCCUUGUGUCUGUCUACAUGUGUAGUGUUUGGUUUGUGUGUGUGUGUGUGUGUGUGUGUGUGUAUAUAUAUAUAUAUAUAUAUAUAUAUAUAUAUAUAUACACACACACACACACUAUUGUAAGUGUUUUUUCCUCCUAAUCUGAAGGAUAAUGCAAUUUUCUUAAUUGCAAAUCCUAACCAGAUAAGAUAUUGGGUAGCCUUAAUCUUCUUAAAGACAUUUAACCCCUUAAGGACACAUGACAUGUGUGACAUGUCAUGAUUCCCUUUUAUUCCAGAAGUUUGGUCCUUAAGGGGUUAAAUUAGAUUUUGUCAUGUUGCAUCUUAAACUGUGUCGGAUAAGAAUAGCAUUGGACGAAGAGACUACUAAAUACUAAAUCAUUUUGUAUAACAUGCAUAUUAACCUGUGUAGGUCAAGUAUAGUGUGCUACCCUUUCUGGGGCCAUUACUAAAUGAACAAAAUAUAGUAUAUCAUUUUACUGCCCCUGCAAUGGAAAAUGUCUCUCUUGGGAUUUGAGAUUUUUUUUUUUAAACAUCUAUUGUUGGAUCUUGGUCCACAAGGAUUAACAUUAAAAGGUUCAUUUGGAGUGAAAGCGGUUCAAUCUGCCUUUUUAAUGACAAGAGCUGCAUUCAUGGGAAACAUUUGUUAACUAUACUAGUUGUCUUGUACAAGUUCCAUUUCUGAAACUUCAUCAUGAAUGUUGGAAAAAUAUGUUUUUAUUCUGUGAUGCUGUGGGAAAAGUAAACAUACAGUUGGGUAUAAAACAAUAUAAUGAAGCUUGCCUAUAAAAUAGUUCAUUGUUGACUCAUAACUGCUGGUUCACUGGCACACACUGACCUAUCUGUUUAAAUGAUUGAAAAGUGAAUGCUCUUGUGACAUGUCAUCUGUGGUGCAUGGCAUGAAGUCAGUUUGGUUUCAAUAUUUUAUUGGUUUUGCUAUUGAAUUGGCAUCCAUAGAAUCCUGCACAUUUGCAUUAGAUUUAAAAUGUUGUACAUUUUGCAGAUGCUUUGGGAGAACGUUGUGUUUUGAAACCGAUUUUAAAUAGAUCUCAUGCUACUAUUGCAAUAAAUAUGUAUUUUUGUUUUACACCGUGCUUUUAAAUUGCUGCACAUGUACAACUACAUUUACUGUGUUUGGAACUAAGGGUAGCAUUCUAUGUUUCCAGCUGGGGCUUUAUAAAUCUUUGUACCUGUUAUUUAUGUUUACUCCAAAAAUGUCAAAUUUCUGUAGCUCAUUGUGCAGUUUCAGCAUCUACAUAUAAUAAUAGCCAUUGGCAAGUGAAACAUUGGCCCUUGCGCAUUAAAAAUUCACCCAUGGUGAGCUUGUAAUGGCUUACAGUGGCAAGUAACUGUUAAAGUCUUCCCAGUAGUAUAGGCCUUUUAUUAUGACUUUUUUAUUACUCAUGAUAAAUGUGGGUCUGGCAUGGCUGGCACAAUGUGAGCUUAAUGAAUUGACAGGUAACUAGGUGGUGGUGGUCUUGGUGGUUAGACCCUGUUGAUAGCUGUUCCAGAUUACUGGAAGGAAGAUGUCUACAUUUUUUAUAUUAUCACAUGCCAUUCACGUUACUGUACUUCUGAAGUUGUGAGAUAAAAGUUCAUGUUCAGUUGGACUGGUGUGGCACAUAUCAGUUGCCAAUAUUUUUUAUACCUUGACAGCUAGUAAACUGUCAGGAAGCCUGCCGUUUAAAGGACCACUAUAGGCACCCAGACCACUUCAGCUUAAAGGACCACUAUAGUGCCAGGAAAACAUAAUCGUCAUAGCCGCCCGGCUCUGGAAGGGGGAAAGGGGUAAAAACUUACCUUUUCCCAGCGCUGGGCGGGGAGCUCUCCUCCUCCGUUCCUCCCCGUCGGCUGAAUGCGCAUGCACGGCAAGAGCUGCGCGCGCAUUCAGGGUCGCAUAGGAAAGCAUUAUCAAUGCUUUCCUAUGGACGCUGCGUUUCUCACUGUGAUUUUCACAGUGAGAAGCACGCAAGCGCCUCUAGUGGCUGUCAAUGAGACAGCCACUAGAGGAUUAGGGGGAAGGCUUAACCCAUUCAUAAUUAUAGCAGUUUCUCUGAAACUGCUAUAAUUAUGAAAAAAUGGGUUAAGCCUAGAAGGACCUGGCACCCAGACCACUUCAUUAAGCUGAAGUGGUCUGGGUGCCUAGAGUGGUCCCCUAAUGAAGUGGUCUGGGUGCCAAGUCCAUCUAGGUUUAACCCUUUCUUCCAUAAACAUAGCAAUUUCAGAGAAACUUUUAUGUUUAUAUUAGGGUUAAUCCAGCCUCUAGUGGCUGUCUCAUUGACAAGCACUUCUGCGCUUCUCACUGUGAUUUUCAUUGAGGAUGCUUUCCUAUGAGACUGGCUGAAUGCGUGCUGCUCUUGCCGCGCAUGCGCAUUCAGCCGGAGAGGAGGAGGAGGAGAGUCCCCCACCCGGCGCUGGAGAAAGAGGUAAGUUUAACCCCUUCCUCCCCCUAGAGCCUGGUGGGAGGGGCACCCUCAAGGCACUAUAGUGCCAAAAAAACGAGUGUUUUCCUGGCACUAUAGUGAUCCUUUAAACCUGUUAGAUUUGUUACUUAUCUGCCCAAAAGAGAUGCAUGUAUUUUACAUUUUUUAUUGUAAUUCAUUGUACAGUUCCAGUAAAUAAGCAUAGAGAGGAUAUGUUCCCCUAUAAUAGUGGUUUUUUUUUUUUUUUGUAUUCCUCCCCUCUCUGAGACAUACCCACUAUAAUGGUAUGCAAGAGUAAUUAAAAGUGCAUCAGGAAGACCUAACGCUUUUCUGCAUUUAGACAUCCUAAUGCAUAUACGAAAAUGAACAAUUUGUGGGUUAAUACUGCAUUUUUCCUUAAACAAAACAUUAGAUUACUUUAUUUCAGUGUUUCUUGCAAAAAUGUUUUUCCGGAGUGUCUGGUCUGUGUAUUUCUGCCGAAUAAUAAAACAUUUUAAUGGCUUGAAAAAGAAAAUCUAAUUUCUAACUUUUUUUUUUUUUUUUUUUAAAUCACAUUGUUUUCAAAAGUCUGAAAACAAAAUAUAUAUAUUUGAUCAGGCACUAAAAUAUUUGAAUGCUUUGCAAGCACAAGGUGAACUUAACAGGUAUGUUGUAUAAUCACAGACUGACAACAAACUAGAAUAACCUGGCUCAUGAAUAGUGCCACUUGAGAGAACUCUUGUCUACAUGAUGCAUACAUCAAGGCUAAUCUGGUGUCACAUGCACCAGCUGUUGUUUGUAUCGCAUCCUGAUAAGUACAAAUAUAUUACAAAUAAUUUAAAGUUCUUUUUCAAGUUUAUGUCCGAAAUAUGCAGGGAAAGCUAUGGAAAUAUUUUCGUUAAUGGGUUUUGGUAUCUUGUAAAUCCCAAUUUAUUGGAGGCGCAUGAACAUUUUUCUUGCUUUUCUCAAAGGAGCCCUUGAUGUAACCCUUAGAUGAUACAGAAUUGAAUAAUUUCUAAAUUAUGGGACUGUUUCUUGAAAACUUGUUUGAGAAAUCACGUUCUGUAUGAUUUUUUUAACUUUAAUUUUCAUAGAGUAAACAUGGCCAGAUUGGUUUACCAUUUCUUUUAUUUGUAACCCGUGCAUACAUUCCACACUCAAAAAGGCAAUCUUCUCUGUGGUUACAGUAUGGCUGCAUUAUGACAUCUCUUCCUGUGACCAGAAUCUAACAUUGCUUUUACUUCUUCAGAAACAGACUACCCUGUCCAAUGCCUUGUAAAUGUUAUAGUUGUAAAGUGAUGUGGAAUAUGAUAGCACUAUAUAAAUGCCAAUGAUAAUAUACGUGGAUAUUUCUAAAUGAUCACUAGUAGUGCUUUAUGUAUUUUCCUUUAUAAGAUUGUUUUAAUGAUGUGGAGAUCUGUCGUUAAGAUGUCUUGUAGAUGAUCUUGUGUGUACAACGUAUUGCUUUCUUUAGAUUCUCAGAGUAAACGUAUAAUCCCAAUUUGUUUACGGAAUGUCUGUAACCCUGACUGGCUUGUGGUCCCUUUUUGAUAUGAUUUGUAGUUUCACGUGGCUUGUAGUGUACAGUAUCUUUGCAUUUUGCCCUUGCUUCCUCCAUUACUUAUAAUCUGAUUGAACUCUUCACCACUCUAAACUCGGUGGCAGUCUGGAUUGCCAUACAGGCCAACUGUUCCAUGUUCUCAACCCACUGAUGAGGGUGUACAACCCUUUGCAUCCGUUUCGUCAGAGCUGCUCCUCCCUGCCAUGGAGGAUUAAACGUGGGAAACUGUUCUUUCCCCUCCCUCCAUCCCCCAUUCUGAUUGUCUAGGCUCCCUUCUCUUUCAUCCUAAGCAUCUGCAGUAGUAGAUUGGGUUACUACAAUACUAGUUCUAUCAAAGAAGCUGCAGCUGCCCCAACCCCCUCCCACCCCCAUCCACACUGGGUUUCCCUCCACGUCUUAUUUAAUUUUUUUCCCAUCUCUCUUUUUCCUGCCUUUCUCUUCCCCAGUCCUGUCAUUAUUCUCCCUUCACAGUCCUUCUCUGUGCCUUUUUUUUUUCUUUUUUCUGUAGCAUGUUACCCUCCAUCACACUCCCUUGUCUCACCUCAUCCCUUUUAAUAGAGAGCCCUCUAAUACAGCACACGACAGCUUAUAUUUAUAUAAGAGAGCUGUAAUAUGUGCAGAGGGGGUGACUCAAGGACAUGGGAGAGGUGCUGAGCAUCUUGAGAAAUGCACAGUCUUUGUGUGCAGGAAGCUGAGAUAGAAAGCAACAAAAUGGCCUUUUGUCCCAUUUCUCAUAUUUCCAUUGUAUACUCUGCUAGUCUUCCAUUUUCUGAAUUCACAUUUGAGCUUUGGAGCUUUUUCUUUGGGGUUGGGGGGAGCAUAUGUCUUGUUCCUUUGUCACUUUACAUCAAGGCAUGUUAAUACGUCUUUGUGUUCUAAUAUAUCUCUGCAGCCAUUUGUGCCUUUUUAAACAUUUUAUUCCAUCUACAUUCUUUGUUUUAAUUGUUCUCAAAUAAAGAUUUUCCAACUUUUUUCCCAAUGUUUUGUUUUCCUUAGACUACGGAGGCAACUUUUUAUAUUCCUACAUAUUAAUAUAAUGCGAUACUCUGAAAUGUCCAAAUUACUGACGAUUCCAAUUUUGAUUGUUCUAAAUUUGAGUUAAAAUGACUUCUUAUGAGUAAAGCAGUGAUGCUGAAGUGCAGUUUAAAGGAAAUUUGUCAAAUAAUUUUUCAUUUGAAAAUAAAAAUGUGUAAUUUAUUUCUUUUGUAAAUCUCUUUUUUUUUAAUGAAUUUUUCAUAGUGAAAUUACAGAGAAAUCACAGAUAAAAGGUAACCAGGUAGUCUGACAUAUGGUGUAGUGGAUAAAACUGCUCAUAUACAUGUUUAUGAAAAAUACGGAAACAUACAUUUGCCUGAGAAUAUGUCUUCAACCCUUUUUUUUAUUUAUUAAAAAAAAAAAAAAAAAAAACAGCUUGAGCUCAGUGCAGCUUGGAGCCUGAUUCCAGUUCUAUUAUUAACCUUUUUGACCUCUAGGGUCUUAUCUCAGAUUGGUCUAGUAUCUGGGGGGGGCUAGUCGACCCAUGGCCAAGGUUCCGUGUAUCUUCUAAGUAAACCGCAGAUUAUAUAUGUGCCGAGUUUGGCUUCUGGCUUGUCCCCCCCCCUCUCCCAGGUAUUGUGCUAUCUCCGUAGUGGCCAGAUAUGGGAUGUGUAUCCUGCUCUGUCAAUUGUAGUGUUAGUGGGACCGUGUGUAGUCUUGCGGUAUGUAGCCUAAUGAAGACUGUUUUUCACUCUAUCAGUUUCUGUGUAUUUGGAUACUUCUAUUUGUCAAGACGCACUAUCCGUGGGAGAGCCUGUCCCUCCCCUUUGUCCAAUAUUGUGAUCUAUAAUGUGACCUGGGUAUCCAGCUGCGUGCUAUCCCAGGAGGAUAGCGGUCUCUGGUUCUGCCAAUCUGUUCUAUGUGCGUGUAGAGUGAAACUCUUCUAAAUCUUAAGACAUGUUGGAGAGGACAGAAGUAAGUUAGUGGUGAUGAGCUGUGAGAAAGGUAGAAGAGCAGAAUAAAAAUAGGUGGGGGGAGUUUUUAGUUGCGUGGUAUUGGGUCUGUACCAGGUUCCGCCGGGAUGUGUAAUAUAAUCUUGGCGUAUUCUUUAUUCGAAUGAAUACUCCAUUUCAGUGUACAGCACAUGGUUUUUGAGAUGCCCAGUGCAUUACAUCAUGUUUUGUGAACGCACACUUGUUCUUGGUGAACUGCGUGAAAGUGGAGCUUCUGACUAGACACGACUUUAAAGGAACACUCCAAGCAUGAUAUCCACUACAGGGUUCUGUAGUGGCUAUGGUGCCAUGACUACCCUCCACCCCCAGGUUGUAAUUGGUCAAACCGGUUUGAAUUCUUACCUGUGGUCUUCUGGGCUUUUGUGCUUUUAUUACAGGUUAGUGAGAUCCGGAAGUUCUCUGUCUGAGUUAAAGAAACACUUUGGUCACCAUAACCACUUCUAUUAAAUGAAGAGGACCCUGGGCGCUCUUACCUUAAAGGGGCUAAACCACUCUCGAACGGUUUAAGCCCAAAGGCUGCCAUCAGCGCCCAUCCUCCAGUGGCAUCUAACUUCUGAUUCUGUUAUACGAAAUGUGGAGUGCAACUGGCACAGCGGCCGUAGAUUAGCUAGAUAGGUCAGCUGAUGCACUAAUCCAAUUUUUUGAUAAUGUAAAGGUAAAAGAGAUCCCAAGGCCUCCUGGCACCAUAAUAACUUCAUUUAGAUGAAAUUGUUAUGGUGCCUAAAACUUGUGCCCAGUGAUAAGCUUCUCUCGGGAGAUCCUAACAGGAGGUUCCGGCACUCACUUCUGCCUGCAGGGAGAUGCACGCCCAGGUGAGAUGUCAAACUGUUCUAAAAUGGUUUGACUAAUUAAAUGGGGUGAACCAGGGCACUAAUGGCACUUUAACUACUGCUUCAAUUAUGACUGCUUUCAUGGAGUAAAGGUAAGCCAGGAGAUACUCUGAAAAGGGAUAUUGACUUAAAGGUAUGUAUUUUGAAAGGAAAAAAUAUACACACAAAGGAUACAAUACUUGAACUCAAAUCUGUAAUCUGUUUUGAGUUAACUGCAUCCUUUUCUGUCUGUUAGCCUUUUCACUGGCAUUCUAUCCAAGGAGAGUUUUAUUUUUUUUGUGGUCAUGUGAAUGCCUGUAGCAGCUUGCUUGUCUUCCACCAGUUACCUAUACUAACCACUAAGGGUAAAUUAGGUACCAUCAUGCAACCUGCGUUUUGUACAGGUAUUGCAAGAGUAUAGUGAUCAUUUCAACAACUCAAAGGAGGAAAAUACAACCAUGGUACGAAAAAUCAGACCUUUUUAUAGUUCUGAAAUUUGAAUGUAUAUCUGCAUGGGUAAAAUGAAGUCAGUUGGCUUCUUUUAUAUAUUUUAGGCUUUUUCCUCCCAUUUGUUGGAUCGGCUGCUUUCUGUAAAUCUGGUAAACACGUUGGUCUUUCACACGCAUCUUUCCUGCCACCCCAUUGGAUAUCUUGAUGGAUGAGAAUAUUUCGAUUUUAUUUUCUAAUAUUCUAUUUACCAUUUAUUGCGCACUCAUUGAUUUACAGAGGCUCCUCUUUUCAUAUAUUUGAUUGCUGUUCUCGCUCAUCUUAUGAAAUAUUUAUGGCUCGGGAGGAGUCCCCCUAAUAUCCAUUAAAAGCUGAGUCAUAAUGACUUGGCAAGGCAUGAGUUUCAAGAUGGAUCCACUCAGUCACAUUAUCACUGAAUUUGAUAAGGCAAAGGCACCAUAAGAUAAGGAAGGCACACCUGUCCCACCGCCCUUUGUUCCAAAGAUUUGGUUGGCCUUUGGUGCUUAUAGCUAGUGUGUCUCUGCCUAUCUCUGACAGGGAAUCUGGAUUCCCACCAUCUGAGUUAGAAGCAUGAUCCUUGCAUAUUGACUAUACUUGGGCAGCUAUCACACUUGCUAAUAAUCGUAUCUAUAUAAUUCUUGUCUUAACAGUGUAUCAUCUACCCCAUUAUAAAAUUGCAAAGUGCUGCGGGCUAUGUUUGCACAAUAUACUUAUUUACAUGUAAAUCUUGAAAUAAAACAGACUGGGCAUGCCAUGUUUUUACUAGCCUGUAUUUUGUCUUGUAACGAAUGUUUGCACACAGUACUCGUGUCUUUAAGCGCGUUACAAAUGCAUUGAUAAAGAGAUUGGUCUAAAAAAUGGACAUUGUGCACCAUUCCAUAUGUGUGCCACCCUCAUUCCAUGACAUGGAAUUCAGAGCACUGCUAGGCAUUCUUUAACACUACCACCACAAUAAGACACCAUGUCCACCCAGACUAACUGGCAGCCACACAUUAUGUCCUACCCAGUAGGGGAAAGUUGAAUGACUAAGUGCAUAGAUUAAAAAGCAUCCGAUAAUGUUAUUUUAGUAUAGAACAUAUUGCUAACAGGCUGUACCACUUGUCACAUUGCUUAUGGUAUAUUUCAGUGUUUGCAUGAUGCACUGAUUUGUCUAUUUGAAUGUUUUAUGACCCAGAUACAGGGAUAGACCAGUUGUCCCUUGAUUAAUAGCGCUACAGUGCUGCUGGUGCUUGUAUCUUGUGUACACUUGUAUGCAUGCUCUCCUGUACUACAGCACCUCCCCCAUAAAGUGCCUGUUUGCCCUUCAUUAUUUAUUUUAUUGAUUUAUUACUGGUAUUUAUAAGCACCUACAAAUUCUGCAGCGCUGGACAAUAUACGGAGACAAAUACAAAAGGUAGAGAGGGCACUACCUGUAAGCUGAUAUCUAGCCAUUGAAGCUCUUUUAUACAAAGUGCUUAGCUAGAUGGCCUGUGAGCUUACAAUCUAAAGGAUACACUGUGGCUUUGAAAAAUGUUGGGAAUCACACUUGGAAAUUUAAUAGUUCAAUAGUUUUAUUUUUUACUUUUUUAUAUUUCAGAUCAUUAUAUAUUGGUGUAUAUUAUUUUACAGAUUUGAGAUAAGUAAAACAAACGCUUAGCCUUCCUCUUUAAGGAAAGGCUGAUUAAAUUAAAAAAAAAAAGUGAACCUUUUCAUUGCUGAGGGCACAGUAUUUUGGUAGAUCUCAUGCCAUGUCACCAAUCACUUGUGUAAGGUUACAGUUGGUAUGUGGCCCCUAUUUGUCUGCAGCUUCCAGUUGACCUUGUCAAGUCAGCAAUGCAUCAAGUCAGCAGCACAAGGGGGGUGUGUAAGGCUGUCAUUCCGGCUCUUACUAAUAACUUAACAGUUUUGCAAGCGUCUCCGACAUUUCAUUCUCCUACAGAUUAGCAUUCUGGUAUAUCUACAGCUUGAUAUACUUCUAUCUAAUGCUCUUGAAGACACUGCAGCAGCAAUUAUUUGGACCAGUGUUACCUGUAAUUUGAAUCCAGUUUGCGACAAAACUGGGUAUAUUUAUCAUAUAAUUCGUUAAAGUCCAUCAUAAUUUUGAUCCUAUUUAUUGAAGACUGCUAAGUGUAGAAAAGUGGUGCAAAGAUUAACCAAUUGUACAGCGCUACAGAAUUUGCAGGCGCUAUAUAAAUAAUAUAAUAAUAAUGUGUUGGGACGCAAAAGAAGCAAAUAAGGGAAAGAAAUAAUCUACACACAAUAUCUGCUACACAUGUUGUGUUUAGGAUGCUUUGACGCUAGGGGUGCUGUUUUGUUUUUGUGUAAAGCAGUUUUGAGUCCAUCAGGUGUCCAUGGACUGGCCUCUUACCAGAUUGUUAAUGUGGACGUUCCAUUUCCACGUUUGAGAUGCAUAUUUUGGACGUCAGUGAUUGGCUGAACUUGCUGCGUAUGUUGCAUGGAAUGAAUGGUGUGAUAGAAACUCUCUACCCACUGUAAGGGGCCACCCCCAUCUUAGCCAUAUUGACCAUUUGGAAUUGUCAGUUUUUUCCUAGUCUGAGAAAGAUUGGUUGAGAGCACUUAGUGAUUCCAAACACAUCAGUUACAGUCACCACUGUUCAGGCUGGGUGAAAUUGUUAAUGCUGCAUUAUAAAUGCGACUUAGUUGCGGGCAGUCUCGAGAAGCGUCCUUGUUUAUAUCAGAGCAAGGGCACUCUAAGGCAACAUAAAACUACUAUAGUGAGUUCCUUAUUGCCCCAUAUGUUAUAAAUUAAAGGGACACUAUAGGAACCCAGACCACUUCAGUGCAAACUCCAUCACCCUUAACCCUCAGCAUGUAAUUAUUGCAGUUUUUACAAACUGCAAUAAUUACCUGCUAAGGUUGACUCCUCCUCUCGUGGCUGUUUACUAGACAGCCACUAGAUUGACUUCCGGGUGGAUAGGUGACUUUUGGUCGCCUAUUGGUUGUCUGUCGCAAGCAUGCCCAAUAUGCAAAGAAUUAACAUUAGCCAGCCCAGAAGUCUCAUACAGGGCUAGCUAAUUAUGCUGUAACUCCACCUCCUGUUGCAAUGUUCCAUAUGUCUGAAAAAUAGAAAUACUGCAUAUACAGACUCCAAGCACCAAACACUGUCAUUGCUAUGGUGCUGGCAAUAACCCUUUAAUUUAUUGUAUACACAUUUUCCAAAAUGUACAACUUUUUUUUAUUUAUUAUUAUUAUAUAUUUUUAUUUUUUUUAGCAAAUACCGUAUAUACUCGAGUAUAAGCAGAGUUUUUCGGCACAUUUUUUGUGCUGAAAAACCCCAACUCAGCUUAUACUCGAGUCACUGUCUGUAUUAUGGCAAUUUACAUUGCCAUAAUACAGACUGGGGGCUGGCAGAGCUGUUACUUACCUCUCCUGCAGCUCCUGUCAUCUCUCUCCUCCUCCGCGCCGGUCCGGUCAGCUCCCAGUGUAAGUCUCGCGAGAGCCGCGGGGUCAUAGUGCGGCUCUCGCGAGACUUACAGUGUGAGCUGAGAGAAGAGCUGCACGGACCGGCGCGGAGGAGGAGAGAGCUGACAGGAGCUGCAGGAGAGGUAAGUUACAGCUCUGCCAGCACCCUCCUCCCCCCACUGAACUGCCAAUGCCACUGGACCACCAGGGAAGGAGAGCCCCCCUCCCUGCCAUGUAUCAAGCAGGGAGGGGGGACAACAAAAUAAAUACAUUAAUAAUUUAUAAAUAAUAAUAAAAAUAAUAAUAAAAUAAAUAAAAUAAAAAAUAAUAUAACAAAAAAAUUAAAAUAAUAAUUUUUUUUUAUAUAAAAAUGCCCACCCCCCACCAAGGCUCUGCAACACAAACACACACUGCAACACAAACACACACUGCAACACAAACACACACUGCACCACACACACACUGCACCACACACACACUGCACCACACACACACUGCACCACACACACACUGCACCACACACACACUGCACCACACACACUGCACCACACACACACUGCACCACACACACACUGCACCACACACACUGCAUUCAUACAUACAUACACACACACACACUGCACUCAUACACACACACACACUGCACUCAUACACACACACUGCAUUCAUCAUAUACACACACUGCAUUCAUCAUAUACACACACUGUAAAUAAAUAUUCAAAUAAUAUAAUUUUUUUAAGAUCUAAUUUUAUUUAGAAAUUUACCAGUAGCUGCUGCAUUUCCCACCCUAGUCUUAUACUCGAGUCAAUACGCUUUCCCAGUUUUUUUGGGUAAAAUUAGGGGCCUCGGCUUAUAUUCGGGUCGGCUUAUACUCGAGUAUAUACGGUACCCAUAUUUCUCUCCCAGUGCCUCCAUAGUGGUGGUUUACGCAAGCUGGUCUCUUUUUUUUUUUUAAUUAAUUAAUUUUUUUUUUUUCCUCUUACGACCUUUGAAUCUCAAGCUGAUACCUUGUUUCCAUAAAUUACCUGUGCCAUCUAUUCCUGUCCAACAUUUGUUCUGCUUUAAUCUUAGCAAUAUGCAUGCACCCUUGAUGUCACACAGCUUUAUAUCGAGGUUCUCCAGAGACCAUUUUUAUUGCUCUGUAGUUAUCUACCGUAAUAUUGUUUAUUGUGCCAUUAACACCAGAAUGAAAUUGCUGUAUAUGAAAUGUGCAAAUUGCAGUAGACAGAAAAAAAACCUGCUGUUAAAGUAUUCUUGUUACUGAGUGCUGUCUUAGUUUUUGUUUUCGUUUUUUUUUUGUAAUUUGUUUACAACUUUAAAGGGACACUAUGUCACCAGCAUCUCUACCGUUUAACUAUUUGUUCUGGUGUCUAUAGCUUAUCCCUGCAGGCUUUUUAAUGUAAACACUGCCUUUUCAGAGAAAGGGCAGUGUUUACAUCACUGCCUAUUAAUACCUCUAGUGGCAGCCACUCAGAUGGCCAGUACAGGUGCUCUAUUACAGGGCUGCUAUGUGUUUAUAACGCCUACAUUCAGCGCCCCCCGUGUUCUGCAUGGAGAUGCUGAACACUUCCCAUAGAGAUUAAUUGAUUUAAUGCAUGUCUGAGGAGAUGCUAAUUGGUGCUGCGUUUUGCCUAUGGGAAAGCAUCAAAUUGACUGUGAUCAUCAAGGUUUAUCUCCGCCAUGGAGGUGGGGGUAUAGGCCUAAUCUGCUAUUCCAGCACUAUAGUGUUCCUUUAAAGUAAAUACUGGAUAGCUGUUUUCAUGUUCUCCUCUCAUGGCUUGCACAACUUUGGAUAAAAUAAAAGUACGUAAAAUUUAAUGUAUACGUUGCGCUAGUAGAAUUGUUAACAAAUGAAUAUACUUGUUUCUUUAAUCUUUACGGAUAAGGUCCCUCUGUCCAUCUGUCAGUUACUUAUAUGCCGUGGGUUAAAUGACAGAGGAGAGUUGGAGGCCCCUCUUACAGGCAGUUAUCCUGCUUUUUGUAUGAGCUGCAGUUGGUGUGAGAUUACUCCGGUCUUGCUUGAGGAUAAUGUAAAUGGAGUGACUGGUGUAUUUCUGUUUUAACACUGCACUGAAUGAAGCCAGCAUAUAGGCGUCCUGGAGAAGGAUAGUUUUGCUUAGUGAAGUACUUCAACCAACAGUGCUAUAGGCUAUAACUCCUGCUCCAUGUGCAGAACAUGGGGUUACUGUCAUCAUUGGAUUGGAGGAAAGUAGUGAUGUUAUUACAAGUUUAUUGAUCAAUAGAACUAAAAUGGAAACCAUUAUUAAGAAUACAGGGCAUAUGUGUUGUGUAUGUUACACUUUAACCAUGCUGUGAGUGUGCGUAUUUAAUGACAAAUCAGUCAUUUUCUGCUAAUGCAUUGCUUUUUCAUGUUUCUUUAUUAUUAUUUUUUUAGACUAGAAUUUGGCUGUUAAGUUCUUGAAGAAUCAAUACUUUAAAUGAGAUUAUCACCUUGUAAGACUUCAGUUACAAGUGCUCGACGAGGGGGCAUUGAUUCUGAUUAAUGUAGGGGUUGAGGAACUAAUUGAAUGUGCUGAUUUAGCACAUUAACCUCUCUCCUGACAUCACCACUGGGUUGAUUCUGUAGUAGUCAUGCAUUAUUCAGUUAUUACUGCCAGUAACUUUAUGCCUUGAGUGCAGAAUAAACGUAUAUCAGGCCUUCUCCUUCCUUGAGAUCUAAUCUUAAAUGAGCAGCAAACCUAUGAUAGUGUGUGUGCUGCAUGAAACUAUAGCACUGUUUUCCAACAAAAACACUUUAAUGUUCUCACCCUGUGUUUUUAAGUAUAUUUUUCAUACAGAUUUUUAAAAGAACAACAAAAAAAACUAUUCAUUGCACACCUGCAGUAGUCUAAUAUUUCUACAAAUGUGUCCUUUUUCAUAAAGAUGCACAUCCGUGCUUGCCAUACUCACUCCCCCUUCUACUGGGCUUUGUGCUAAAUAGUCACCAGAACAACUACAGCUUAUUGUAUUUUUUUUCUAGUGAGUAGAAUCAUUCCCUUCAGGCUUUUUGCAGUAAACACUGUCUUUUCAGAGAAAAUGCAGUGUUUACAUUACAGCCUAGGGAUACCUCCACUGGCCACUCCUCAGAUGGCUGCUAUAGGUGCUUCCUGGAGCAGUGCUGCACAGUGUAACUGACUUUCAGUGUCGCCACCCUCUGCAUGCAGACACUGAACUUUCCUCAUAGUGAUGCAGUGAUUCAAUGGAUCUCUAUGAGGAGAUGCUGAUUGGCCAGGGCUGUGUUUGACUUGUGCUGCAACUGCCCCUGAUCGGCCUCCUUGACAGUCUCUGCCAAUCCUAUGGGGAGACAUUGUGAUUGGCUCAGAUUAUGACUUCUAAUGUCAGCCAAGCAGGCAGAUCAGAGGCAGAGCUAGCAGCAGCAGACUGUAAUAAAAAUAAGAUUUUACUAUAUUUAGGGAGUCAGGGGGAUAGAUGGUGGUUUUAACACUAUAGGGUCAGGAAUACAUGUCUGUUUUCCUGACCGUAGUGUUCCUUUGUCUCCUCACAGUGUUUGUAGAUUUGUAAGGACUGUAAUUUUCCAUUGAAUUACACAAAAGCCUUUAUGGGGGCACUAGCCAUGCCAGCACCGUGGUGUUUCACCAUUCAGUUUCCAUUUGGAAAUAGUUGCUAAAUAAGUUGGAUCAUUUAAUUAUUUUGCAGAUCCCGGGCCAACGCUGUCAUGCAUUUGAAAGUAAACUUGUUAGGUUUUUUUUUUCCUUUUUUUUUUUCCUGUGAAUCUGCUUCAAUUAUAUUGAAAACGUAACGUCUCAUUGAGAAUCGUGUUUUCCGAAAUAUUUAGAUAUACCCACCGUACCUCCGAUUGAGCGUCACCAUUUACUCUGUUUUGUAGGUGUUGCUCUUCUUUAAUAUCCAGAAAGCUGAGGAAAUGACAGUGAUGGAUUGGAGGUCCUCUUCAUUGAGUGUUCUGUUUGUGGACUCUUCCCCAACGUCCUGUGUGAUGCCGACAAAGCUGGCUUCGCUCCUAGCACAAUGUAUGCAUGAAACUUUUAUACAGUUUAAAAAGAGUAUAGUUGUAGAUUCCAUGACAGGCACCCUUUAAGCAAAGCAAGUCAUUUUAUUAAUAUUAGCAUUAAAAUGAUUGAAAGGUUCACUUUAAAUGUUUUUACUAUAGAAUUACUCAAAUGCUCCACCUGCUCAAUUUAGCACUCUAGGUAGUAACAUUUUUAUCUCAUUACAGUUCCUGAAUUCCCCUGACACUGUUCCGUUGAAAGUAUAAUCUGCUAGCUGUCUGUCUGUCACAGCCACUUAUUGCUGGUAUGGUCCAGGCAAAAUGUAAUCUCCACCCUAGCCAUAUUUGCAUUGGGGGCUGGGCUUGAAGUGGCUGGAGACCUUAUUCAAUAUUAAACAUUUCAAAAUUGCUUUACGUUGAAUGGAUGGAAGACAUCACUAGUUUAAUGAGAGAGUGAUUAUAGUGCCUAGGGUGUCCCUAAAGGACUAUAAUGCUACAGCGCUCCUCUCCCUAGGUACACAUUUUCCAAAUACUUUUUAUUGAUUUGGCCCGCACUGUUCCAGUUUUAGCCCAUCCAAUGCUUUCUCUAUGGAAAAGCAUUGGACUGGCUAAAAAUCAUCCAAUUUGAUGUCACAAAGAGGCGGAGCCAACGCUAGCGGACCUGCACACCGCUGGAAAUAACGUGUGUUUUAAACUUUUAUUGGGGGGUUAAGGGGGAGGGCAAGCCAACUAAAAUGGUGGGUUUAGCACUAUAGAGUCAUGAAUACAUGUUGUGUUCCUGACCCUAUAGGGAUACUUUAACCUUGUCAGCAGGGGUCCAUUCCCCUAACGCUAAGCGGUUUGUGUUUAUCUAUGGUAAUUGAAAUGACUUUAAAAGCUUUUGACAGCAUGUCGUCUGUCCUCUAUUUUGCAGUGCUGUUUGCAAAUUUUUCAAUUUUGUACUUUGCUGUUUUGGUCUAACCUUUGCAAUUUGUGUUUACAGAAACUCACUGUUAAGUAAAUAAGUGUGAGUCAGUGCUGCAAUCUCAAAUCCCCCUAUGAUUCUAUUUUCUAGUCUGGUGGAGAUUUAGUUUUUAAAUCCCUCUUCAUCCAUAGAGGAAUUCACAGGGGUAUCGUGAACACCGCAGACAUUAUGAGAGAUAAAGGGAUUGGGUUUUUCCUUGUAGACGUUAAAAGUGGUUCUAUGGUAGGCUGCAAUCUGUGUCCUUUUAAUGUAGGUGUUUUUCCUUAGUCAUUUAUCUUUACUGCCCCAAUAUCACUCUACUUUACUUCUCCAGGUAGAAUAAAUGAAAAGGAAAUUAUUGUAUUUUACGAUUUAAUGAAGGCUUUGUGUAAGAUUGCAAAUAGUUUCAGUUCCAUCCCUAGUAUAUAUGUGUAUGUGAUGAGUUUGAUCUCACAAUUAUGGCUGUUUAAUAUACUCUCUAAGCUGUUUCUUGCAAAUCUCCUUUAAUGUAUUCUUUUUGUUUUGGUUUUCGUCUUGUGAUGCAAUCUGCUUCCCCAAUCAUUUGUCACAAUCUCUUAUGCCUCUCCAUCUAGACAGGCUUAAAGAACCCAGUGGCUUGUGAACAUGUUAUGCCUCUCAUCUGACAAUAAAAGACUCUGGGUGCAGUGAGAUCCCCAAUUCACCUUGCAGAAAGUGUAUACAAUGAAACAUUAAAAGGUUGAGGAUCAGCACUGUGAAAUUGCAAUGUAUGUGCUAAUCCAUUCUCUUGUGUGCAUCAGUAUCUGCAGCAUCUAGAUAUGACUACAGCACUGCCUGGGGGAAAUCCAGUUUAAAAGCUUAUGGGAAUCUCCCUGUGUUAUAUGGCUAUUUACUUUGAAGGCUGUGUGUAAUGAAAUCUGUUCUCUCACUUUGUAUCUCUGCUUGGUUUUAAAUGCCCAUUAUUUGCAUUAUGAAGCUGAAAGAUCCUUAUCUACAGGGUUUAUAUACAAAUGCAAGAAAAAGUAUGUGAACCCUUUGGAAUGAAAGGGAUUUCUGCACAAAUUGGUCAUAAAAUGUGAUCUGAUCAUCAUCUAAGUCACAACAAUAGACAAUCACAGUCUGCUUAAACUAAUAACACACAAAGAAUGAAAUGUUGCCAUGUUUUUUUUUAUGUGAACCCCUGGAUUUAAAGGACCACUCUAGGCACCCAGACCACUUCAGCUUAAUGAAGUGGUCUGGGUGCCAGGUCCAGCUAGAGUUAACCCAUUUUUUUUAAAAUUUUUUUUAUAAACAUGGCAGUUUCAGAGAAACUGCUGUGUUUAUAAAUGGGUUAAUCCAGCCCUCAAAUCCUCUAGUGGCUGUCUCAUUGACAACCGCUAGAGGCGCUUGCGUGAUUCUCACUGUGAAAAUCACAGUGAGAACACGCAAGCGUCCAUAGGAAAGCAUUGUAAAUGCUUUCCUAUGAGACCGGCUGAAUGAGCGCGCGACUCUUGCCGCGCAUGCGCAUUCAGCCGAAAUUGAGGAGAGGAGGAGGAUCGGAGGCGGAGAGCUCUCCGCCCGGCGCUGGAGAAAGGUAAGUUUUUUUUUUUUUGUUUGUUUGUUUUUUUUUAACCCCUUUCCUCUCUCCAGAGCUGGGUGGGAGGGGGUCCCUGAGGGUGGGGGCACUAUAGUGCAAGGAAAACUAUUGUUUUCCUGGCACUAUAAUGGUCCUUUAAUAACUGGUUGAACCUCCUUUGGCAGCAAUAACUUCAACCAAACGUUUCCUGUAGUUGCAGAUCAGAUGUGCACAACGGUCAGGAGUAAUUCUUGACCAUUCCUCUUUACAGAACUGUUUCAGUUCAGCAAUAUUCUUGGGAUGUCUGGUGUGAAUUGCUUUCUUGAGGUCAUGUCACAGCAUCUCAAUCGGGUUGAGGUCAGGACUCUGACUGGGCCACUUCAGAAGGCGUAUUUUCUUCUGUUUAAGCUAUUCUGUUGUUGAUUUACUUCUAUGCUUUGGGUCCUUGUCCUGUUGCAACACCCAUCUUCUGUUGAGCUUCAGCUGGUAGACAGAUGGCCUUAAGUUCUCCUGCAAAAUGUCUUGAUAAACUUGGGAAUUCAUUUUUCCUUCGAUGAUAGCAAUCCGUCCAGGCCCUGACGCAGCAAAGCAGCCCCAAACCAUGAUGCCCCUACCACCAUACUUCACAGUUGGCAUGAGGUUUUGAUGUUGGUGUGCUGUGCCUUUGUUUCGCCACACAUAGUGUUGUGUGUUUCUUCCAAACAACUCAACUUUGGUUUCAUCUGUCCACAGAAUAUUUUGCCAGUACUGCUGUGAAACACCCAGGUGCUCUUGUGUAAACGUGCAGCAAUGUUUUGUUUGGACAGCAGUGGCUUCUUCUGUGGUAUCCUCCCAUGAAAUUCAUUCUCUUUUUUUUUUUUUGUGUGUGUUUUACGUAUUGUAAAUUCGCUAUCAGGGAUGUUAGCAUUUGCCAUUGACUUUUGUAAGUAUUUAGCUGACACUCUAGGAUUCUUCUUCACCUCAUUGAGCUGUCUGCGCUGUGCUCUUGCAGUCAUCUUUACAGGACGGCCACUCCUAAGGAGAGUAGCAGCAGUGCUGAACGUUCUCCAUUUAUAGACCAUUUGUCUUACCGUGGACUGAUGAACAGCAAGGCUUUUGGAGAUACUUUUAUAACCCUUUCCAGCUUUAUGCAAGUCAACAAUUCUUAAUCGUAGGUCUUCUGAGAGCUCUUUUGUGCGAGGCAUCAUUCACAUCAGGCAAUGCUUCUUGUGAAAAGCAAACCCAGAACUGGUGUGUGUUUUUUAUAGGGCAGGGCAGCUGUAACCAACACCUCCAAUCUCAUCUCAUUGAUUGGACUCCAGUUGGCUGACAUCUCACUCCAAUUAGCUCUUGGAGAUGUCAUUAGUCUAGGGGUUCACAUACUUUUUCCACCUGCACUGUGAAUAUAUACAUGGUGUGUUCAAUAAAAAAACAUGGCAACAUUUCAUUAUUUGUGUGUUAUUAGUUUAAGCAGACUGUGAUUGUCUAUUGUUGUGACUUAGAUGAUGAUCAGAUCACAUUUUAUGACCAAUUUGUGCAGAAAUCCAUAUCAUUCCAAAGGGUUCACAUACUUUUUCUUGCAACAGUGUAUAUAUGUGUGUGUGUGUGUGUGUGUGUUUUGCAGGCCAAUGCAAUAGAAAGUAAAUAGUAUGUGUUAAGUGACACAAUAUUAAGAUUGAAAGGAGACAAGUUACAGUAGUAUAGUAUGUCUGUGCUUUAAAUAAAAACAAAAUUGUAUAAGGAAUAGGAAGCAAUGAAACAAAAAAUAGUGACUGGUAAUUUGUGCUCACUGAGGAGUCACAAAUGUCAAGAGUGCAAGUUAUAUAGACAUGCACCCACAGUGUGUGUCAUGGCACCCCGAGUCGUUCAAAGGAAGAUAAGUAUGGUGGCCUGUAGUGGACAUAUUAUCCGUAUGCAUUCAUAUAGCUAUCACAGUGCCGACGUCCACCUUGAACCAGUAAUUUGGAUAGCAAUCUAGUUUCUUGUUUUGUGAGAAGCUCACAAGAGCGAGACAACAUGACUAUUAACAACAUGACUAUUGGACAGCUGCAGUGAGAGUUUUAUUUAUAUCUGUCCUUUUAAUACAGGGAUGUGGAAUUUUGUAUUGUCUGAUGUUUAGCAUCUGUUAUUCCAGAUGGCAGGCAAUGGGUUUUUGGGUUUUAUUUUUGUGUAUAGCCAGAAAAAUAUCUCCCUUGAAUCAGUGGAUUCCCAGCACUCACUUUGACUCACUGAACGCCAGACUGUUAGGGAGCAGGUUUGAGAGGGUCUUCUAUGUGAGCUGAUACGUUGCUUGUUCAAAUUUAAUAAAAGCGUGUGGUUUGGAAUAGUCUGUGCCUUGAUAUUUUUCUGUGGUCUACAAUUCAUGAGGUAGGGUGUGGUAGUCGCCUUGGUCUGUGUGACACCAUAGUGUUGACCCACUAUCUAUAUUGGUGGGUGCCAUUCCUUACUAAAGCAUGGUAAAUUCAGCUUACUGACCAUGUCACAGAGCUUCAGCUCCUCUGUGUCUAUUCAGCACUGUCUGAGCUGUGCAAUAAGACUGUUACUGCGAGGUACUUCCAGGAACUCUUAGACUCUGAUUAUCUCCACGACUGCCACCACACCUGGUGAUGUCAUAGAUGAGUGCCCAUAUCCAGACGUUUGGCCACUAUAUUUGCAGUAGGUGUGAAAGCACUCACUUUAAUCACUUGUCAGCAUGGGGCUGCUAAAUAUUAGCCCCUGCUUACUGAGGGUAAAUCCAGGUAUGGAUUUAAUACCUAAAAUCUUAAAAGUAUUUAAAAUUUCCAGCACUUAAAAUGGAGUAGUUUCCAUGCGGUUUUAAGGGAUUCUAAAGUCGACUAUUUGUAGGAAAGCAUAUAGUGUCCUAAGGACUUGCCGUGUUUAAUAUUUGUGGGCUGAUUGACUAAACUAUGACACGUUGGGAGUUCAUAAGAUUAUUGCAAAUUUAAGAUCAAAACAGCGAGCUGUAAACAUGGCUAGCUGCACUUUUUUUGUAAUUUUAUUUUACUUUUUCUUUUCCAUUUUGACUAUUUUAACAUAGAAACAUAAAACAUAGAUGUUAGCUUUCAAUUUGCAGUUCCCUGGGGAAUUUCUAACAACAAUAUGAAUAAUAUUGAAUGACAACAGGAACUGUAUAUUGCGUAUUGCUUGCAAUAAUUGUUCAAGGAAUUGGUUGUAAUAAUAUGGACAUUUUGCAGUUGCUUAUUUAUUUAUUUAUUUUUUUACCUGUUUAAAUGCCUUUUCUGCCAGUUCCAGCCUGAAUGCAUGUGAUAGAACUUGUAUAUAUUCCAAGUAAAUAGGGGAAUAGACAGGGUAAAAGUGGUUUGAGCCUUUCCUUCUCAUCGUAGGGCCACUCUCUCCUAAUAUGUAACUCCAUUAUUAUUUUAGUUCAACUUUGAACUUUUUCUUCACCUCAAGUGGCUCACUUUGAGGUCCAGCACAGAGCUGCAGGACAGCCUUACAGGGACAUUUUACACACAAAGCACUUUAGAUUGCUGCCUGUGUCCUUAUUUUUAUUAUUUAUUUUUACAAAAAGUGGCGAUUUCGAUAGAAAUUGACACUUUUUUUGAAUUAACCUGGUUAUAACCCCCCUGACUCUAAAUCAGACCACUCUGAUCCUGUAACUUCCUGGUUGCUUAACUCUAUGAAGCUAAACUCAAGAGACUACAAUUGCUCAGAGCACCUGCCUUGCAAAGAUUUCUCAUUGAGCUGCAUUUGGAAGUCUGUGAUUGGACAGGCAGAGAAAGUUUGGGCAGGAUUAGAAGGGGAGAGCUUACAAAAAGUGCAGAAAAGACAAUUUUGCAAUUUAUUUUUUUAAAUGAAUUUAUAAAAAAUACUCGCAAAGAAAACAAUACAUAAUUAAAUGCAUGCAUUCUUUCAUUGGGGAUAUAUCAACAUAUGUCUAUAUAAUUAUAUACAAUAUAUAAAUAUAUUUAUAUCUAUAUCAUUUUUAUUUUCUUGGGCAGUGGAGUGUCCCCUUAAGUACUUUUACCCCUUGAAUACAUGUUGUUCGUUCUGUAUUACUUGCAAAGUUGUGUCAACCAAUUUAUCCCUGUGGGUCCCUGUGUGCCUCCCAUCUGCUUCCUAAUGGACGGUACUCUGGAGGUAUCUAAUCUGUUGGUAUACACAGCUCCUUGCGUACCUAUGGCAGUUGUACAAAUACUGUUCACCGUAUAUUACUUCUGUUAUCUUUAUAUGUGAAGAUAUAUUUUGUGCAAAUGUAUGUUCAGUUGCACAAAUCUAAAUACAUUUUUAUUUUCAACACAAAAAUAAGUGACAAAUAUAUAGUGCAUGCAUCUGUGUUGCACAUAUGUUUAGAAUUGCUUAAAGGACCACUAUAGUGCCAGGAAAACAUAUUCGUUUUCCUGGCACUAUAGUGCCCUGAGGGAGCCCCCACCCUCAGGGACCCCCCUCCCGCUGGGCUCUGGAGAGAGGAAAUGGUUAAAACUUACCUUUUUUCCAGCACCGGGCGGGGAGCUCUCCUCUCCGAUCCUCCUCUUCAGCUGAAUGCGCAUGCGCCGCAGGAGCUGCGCUCGCAUUCAGUCGGUCUCAUAGGAAAGUAUUCAUAAUGCUUUCCUAUGGACGCUGGCGUCUUCUCACUGUGAUUUUCACCGUGAGAAGCACGCAAACGCCUCUAGUGGCUGUCAAUGAGACAGCCACUAGAGGCUUUAGAGGCUGGAUUAACACUAUUAUAAACAUAGCAGUUUCUAGGAAACUGCUAUGUGUGUGUGUGUGUGUGUAUGUGUGUGUGUGUGUGUAUGUGUAUAUAUAUAUAUAUAUAUAUAUAUAUAUAUAUAUGUAUGUAUGUAUGUAUGUAUGUAUGUAUGUAUGUAUGUAUGUGUAUAUAUAUAUAUAUAUAUAUGUGUAUAUAUAUAUAUAUGUAUAUAUAUAUAUAUAUAUAUAUAUAUAUAUAUAUAUAUAUAUAUAUAUAUAUAUAUAUAUAUAUAUAUAUAUAUAUAUUUAACCCUAGAGGGACCAGGCACCCAGACCACCUCAUUAAGCUGGAGUGGUCCUUUAACUUUUCCAGAAAAAGUAAUUUUCUUUUGAUUUAGCCCUGGCUUAGCUUGUGAACUUUAGCCUGUGCACAUGAAAUUACUGUUAAUGUAGGCUUCAAAGAAAAUACCAUAAUCCAUUAUGUAGUAGUGUAGCUGACUGAACAAUAUUUUUUUUUUUUUUUAGAUUUACAAUUAAGAAUAUACAUUUUAUUUUAAAUAUUGGCAUGCGUUUUGCCUUUGUUAGGGGUAUCCUACACCCAUGAGUCUUAAAUACAUAUUUUUGUGCCUCCUAAAUAGUUUGCUUUAUUCUUAAUUGGCAUAUGGGUGAUGCAUAUAAUUAGCACUAAUGUUAAUUAUAUACUCAUGUAUAUAAUUUGUUUUAUCUGGUAUGUCUCUAAACCCCUUGCCAGCUGCAAUUUAAUUCUUUGUGGUACAUUUUUGAAAAAUGUUUCACAGACACAUUUAGCAUAUGUACGCAAUGUAAUACUAUGAGCAAUAAUAUGACAUUCGUGUUAUUGCUUCCCACACUUUACCAUAGGUUCUUUGUAUGUUUUUGAAUGUGUAUAUGAGAGACUGUGUAAAAUGAAGUAACAAUGGCUUGAACCUCCACUCAUUUGCUUUGGGUGUUAAUUAAUUCCUUACUGCCUUGUGCACAUGCAUGUAUGAGCAAGGACUCCAUCAGUUGAAUACUAAUCUAUGGUUUUGGUUGCAAUAAUAGAAUCAGAGAGAUGGUAUAUAGAUUAUCAACACAAUUACAUUUAUGACUUUUAAACAAUACAACACAUUUAAAAGUCUCCCCACUUAAAUACCUUUAAGAUGCAUAUAGCCUGUAGUUGCUGUACCCACUGAUUUUGUCAAAUGAUUUAGAACUUUGUGUCAAAAAAUGGUUGGCUCCCUGCUUGCCUGAUGGGCUGACUCGCUUAUUGUUGCUGCCAAAACGUCAGUGGAUUAAUGUGGACGUUCAAUAAUCUGAUGUUUUUAACCUCCUGUGCAAAUGUAAUCCCACAAUUCCUAGCUGUCCAGACAACCAGGAUGUGGGGAUAUAAUAAUCGACCCAUGACCUACUUGCAAGAUAUCCACUUAUCCACUCGCCACCAGAGAUUAUUACGCCAUUAAUCAAAUGUCCUCACUGCUGGGCCGUUUAGAUCAGUAAUGUGAGGGGACAGGUGAUUAAACAUGGUCCAUAGUCCGUUUAGCAAUAGGUGUACAAAUAGAGAUGGUAAGGAAAUUUAGGAACUUUUUUUUUUUUUUUUUUUUCUGGUCUCUCUCUGGGUAAGAACUUGUCAUGUCAAACUGGCAAAGUGCCCAAAUGUAUGUAUGUGUAUACAUAUAUACUGGUUGGCCCAAAAGUAGGUACCGGUAUAUAGUUGAAUCAAUUAUAUUCAUCACAACAUAUUAUAUAGGUACAUGAACACACACAAAUGUGACUGUUAAAUUUCAGGAAUUUAAAUAUCAGUGUAGCAGUUGGCAAGCGUAGAGGAGGGAUAUUUUUUUUCUCUCUCUUUACUGGUAUUGUGAAUGACAGCGAACUUUAGUCCGGAACAAAGACCGUGGAUUCUAAAGCCAUACUGGAAGACUAAAAAUGCUGAGUGGGUGCAGAGAGUGUGGCAAGAAGCAUCUGACACUACUUCACCAACAUGUCUGACAAUUUAUUUAACCUAUUAGAGAUAAAUUUGAAACAACAAGAGCAAUGGUUAAUGCACCGAGAUCUGGACAUCCUAGGACUUCUGUAAUAGAGGAAAAUUAGAUGAUAGCUACGUUUGACAUUUGUGAACUGUCCAAAAAAGUCCACACAAUGUGCAGCUAUCCAUACCAAAACAUCCUUGCAGCGCUUAAUGCCUAAAUUGAAAUAGAAGCUGUACCAUCCAAGACCGUUUCAUGGUCUUCUGAAGGACGACCCACACCGUCCAUUGCAAUUCUGUGAGAUACAUAACAAAACUUCAAACAAACCUGAGCUUCUUGAUAAGAUCAUCUGGUCAGCUCGUCUCAGAAUCCUUUAUGGACAUUAAUGCCAAACGAAACAUGUGUUGCACAGUGUACUGGACAGGUUCGAGGAAUGUUGCAACCUUGAUGGAAGACAUUUUAAGCACUUACGAGAUUAGUAUUUAACAAAUAUAUAAAUGUAAUAAACAUAUAAGAAAAUGCAAAUUAUACUGUAUAUCAUGAUCUACUUUUGGGCCAACCUGUAUAUGAAAUAUCACUAUUGUGCAUCACCUGCAUAUCUUCAGUUGAACAUUGAGAAGUCCUGCUUGGAAAGAGAGAAUUGAGAAAUCAUGUUUCCACAUGGAGACAUGAUUCCUAGAGUUUCUGUUAAAAAAGCAGGACUUCUCAAAGUACAACUUGAGGUUAUAUUUCUAGGAAUUGGCUGUUGCCACAAAGGGCUUUGGGGGCAAAAACAUCAGCAGAGGUAUUUGUAACCAGUGCUGUUGGUAUUGGCUCCAUCUAGAGGAACCUCUGCACACUACAAACCAAAUGUGACUAAAUGCCAGUACAGGAAAUAAGAUUACACAAGCUGUUCGGAAAAACCCUUGAGCAUGGCAACACAGUAAGCAAUGUGGGCUUGAAGGGAUUGCUUUUAAGCAUCAUUGCAACUUUAAACAAUUGCAUAGAUUUACUUAAGCCUAAACGUAGUUCUGAGAGUAGCUUAGAAUUACAGUAACUUGUAAAAAUAAAAAUUGCUGCAGUUCUCAGCUACCUCCUCAUAACUCAGGCCUGGGGAGCCCUCCGUUCCAGGCUGCCAAGUUUGUGUAUGCAUGUAUGUGCAACUUACAUACUGAAAAGGCAGAGUCUAAAUAUUGAGCUGGGCAUGGUUUAACUGCUAUAAGUUUGUAGAACAGUUUCACUCAUUCUGUGUGAUGAAUGGAACCGCACUUGAGAAUAAAGCUUUAGAGGGGGUAGUGUGAAUGUGUGUGUUGAGAGAGAGAUUUUUUUUUUUUUUUAAUUUUUUUUUUAAAAUGCAUUGUGUUCAUAAUAAUAUAAAAAGGACGGCAGGAGGGAGGAUAUUUCCACCUCCCCCAAACUUCUACCUUUAACGAUCAAGUGCAGACACUGUAAUUUGUCGUUCGUUUAACCCUCCAUGCCAUUUUCACGCCACUACUGUAGUGUGUAAACCAGAAGCAAAGGCAUUUUCGAUAAAACCCAGGACUGCACGUAUUCAUGCAUGAUUAGUAUCCAGUCGUGCACAGGCAUGUUUCCAUAACAUCUAUAUUUAGAUAAACUUUUAGUUUCAUGCUUUAUCAAAGUUUAAUAUCCUGAACUAUAUUUUAACUCUGGACAACAGAACCUUUUAAUUUAUUUUUAUUUUUUGCAUUCCUCACAUGCCCUGUAAAAAGACCUUUUAAAGCAGUUAAAGAAUCACUAUACAAAUAUGUAUUCCUGACCCAAUAGUGAACCACCCCCACCCUCCAUAACCCCCUCAGAAUGGGUUAAAACUCGCCUUAUUUCCAGCUCUCCAUGGGUCUGCCGGUGCUGUCCCAGCCCCCUUGGUGACAUCAUCAAAAUUGCCCAUGGGGAAAGUAUUGGAUACAAUUGGCAAGGGGGCGGGCCAAACCCUGUUUUUGCCAAUCAGCACCUCCUCAUAGAGAUGCAUUGAAUCAGUGCAUCUCUAUGAGGAAAAUUCAGCGUCUCCAUGCAGAGCAUGGUAUGCUGCACGGCAGGGCUGCUUACCGUGUAACUUAGCCAGGAAGCCCCUCCAGUGGCCAUCUGAGGAGUGGCCACUUGGAGGUGUCCCUAGGGGCAAUGUAAAGGCAGUGUUUACAUGAAAAUACAUGAAGGGAGCUUUUAUACUCACCAAAAACUACAUUAAGCUGUAGUUCUGGUGACUACAGUGUCCCUUUAAUGUUGUGCGUUUCCAUUAUUGGUGGCUUGAUGUACCUUCACAUUUGUGAAAUGAACCAUUUAAAGGUCAUAUUGUUUUGAUGGCGUAUAGACACUUGUAAUCCUUUCAAGGGUUACUUUCUUAAACUAUUAGACAUUGUCUCUUUUAACCCCUUAAGGACAUAUGACAUGUCAUGAUUCUCUUUUAUUCCAGAAGUUUGGUCCUUAAGGGGUUAAAGGUACUCUUGACUUCCCACAUUAAGAACCAGGAUUUUGUGUGUGUAUAUGUGUGUGUAUAUGUGUGUGUAUAUGUGUGUGUAUGUGUGUGUGUGUGUGUGUGUGUGUGUGUGUGUGUGUGUGUGUGUAUGUAUAUGUAUAUGUAUAUAUGUAUAUAUAUAUAUAUGUAUAUAUAGUGUGUGUGUGUGUUUUCUUCUCAUCAUUAAUGUUCUAUCUAAAAGCUUCUCUUGUCUGCUGCCUUUACAAGCCCUCGCCUUCCUCCCCAGCCUAUACUUUCUUUACCAACUUCUCAAUGCAGCUCCACCAAGCUAACCUAACCAGGAAGUAGCAGGACCAUUUGUCUGACAGUCAGGGGUUGUAAGUAACCAGCUUCAUUUAUAAAAUUGCCACUUUAUAGUGAAAUCUUAAAACAUAAACAUUUGAAUAAGCUAAGUGCUUUAGGGGUCUGGUGUGCCCCUUUAUUUUUUCCUGGCUAUCAAAUAGCUUUCUUCCUGGCAUUCCUUCUUGAGCUCAUGUGCUUCGGAUUUGAACACUGAUAAAAGAAAGCCAACAACAGUAGAUUAGUGAAUCCUCUUGUGUCCCUGGGGCUUGUAAAUAUUAAAUCCUGGAUGCACAAUCCUUAUAAUCUGGUUUUAGACGUGUAUUUUACGUGGAAAUAUGAUCCUAUUUUCCCUUUCCUAUUCCAUGUACUCAUUCAUUUUCUAUUGUAAAUUUUUUUUUUUUUGUCCCCCCCCGCCCCCCUCCCUGCUUCUUACAUGGCCAGUGAGGGGGGAUAAAGUAUUCCCUGGUUGCAUGAACUGUGCAGUGGGGGCCCGCAGCAAGCUUUUAACUUUAUAGCAGCUCCCUUCAGCUCCCCUGUCUAAAUCUCACAGCUUGUGUGCCGCGCAGAGCGUUGCUUUGGUAACGUGCCACCUCUCUGACGGCCGCGGGAUUUACACAGGGGAGCUGCUGGGAAGGUAAGCGCUUGCUGCCGGCACCCAGGACCACCGGGCUUGUAAUGGUCCCGGCGGUCCUGGUCUGCAUUAUCGGCCAUAUCUGUAUCUCUAUAGGCCGAUAUGACACUGCCGAGAAUACCGGCCGAUAAUAUCAGCCAGACUGAUAAUCGGUCGACCUCUAGUGGUGAUGCCAUGAGUGUUUUGCAAACCUCAAGUCAAUCAUGGUGAUGUCAUGAGAUUUCUUGGCAAACCAGAGGUCAAUAUAAUUUUUUUUUUUUUUUUUUUUGUCAUCAGUCAGUACUUUGCAAACCACAGGCCAAUGAUGUCAUCAGACACUGCUUGGCAAACCAGAGGUCAAUAAUAGUGAUGUCAUCUUUCAGUGCGUGAACAGUAAGUCACGUGUCAUGGAAAUUGCGUAUUACAGAAUGCUGACAUUGGAGCGUUACUGAAGGGUGUGUGCCUGUAUUUCGUGCUUUAUACAUUUGCUGUUGAAUUUUCCAGCACACGUUCUAGAGUAGUUUUUAAUCUCCCAUUGAAACAGACGUUGCCAUUUCCACACUGGUAUCUUGCUGUAUAAAACGCUUUGUAAAUUGUCUGUGCUCUAUACAUAGAUGAUGAACAUCGUAUGGUGAGCACAUUCGUUACAUCUUAUGGGAAAGAAAAGAGAAUUGACCCCUCCCACACAUAGCUAUCGAAUUGUCAUUAAAUAAGAACUUCCUACGGAUGCAUUUUGACAGAUUCCCAUCUGCUACCCACUGUGCUCACUGCAUGGAGACCCCAAUGAUAGCUCUGUUCUAAUUAGACGGAGCUGUCAUGAAAAAUGAGUUUUUAUGUUAUUUCUUACAUUUUUAGAUGUUUCAUUUCAUGUUUUCCAGGGUUGUAGCCAGACUAAUAGCUACUCUACUGUAAAUAACAAAGCUCGGUAUGAAUAUUCAUAUAUAUUGUAAUCUGUAACAGUCACUGAGCAUUUGACAAUUGCGAUUGUUUCAACAUGGCUGCCUCAACACUAAAACAUUGACAGACCUUCACUUGACUCACUACAACCGGAAUAGAUGAAGUCUUAUACAAACAGUGUUUGUUUCUUUUCAUCAAAUACAAUAUGCGUCCCUGGUUGUGUCAGGAUUUAAUAAUAUAUCGGCUGCUAAAUUUUAAAUAUAAAUUUAAACAAAAACAGAGCAUCACAUUCAAAAACAAUUUAGUAAGCGUUAUAAUUUUUAAUGUUUUAUUAGUGUAGUUUCCAGAGAAAUGAUGGUUAGCCUUUUAAUAUUGUUGGUCUCUGAUACUCAUAUGGCUGGAUCGUUCUAGUGUUAAAAGUUCUAUUUACAUUAUAUUUGCAAUCAUGGAUCUUUACUUGCCAGUAUCCGAAGGAAUGCUGGGGGGGAAAAAACAAGUUUGCAGUUUCUGAUUUGCUCGUGGCUUGGGAAUUAAGAGGGGCAAGGGCAGGUCACCUGUAAGAAUUAGUGUUUGGUGACUAUCUAAUCCCCUCCCUCUGUCCGCCUUGAUUGAUCUUAUACAGCAGCCUGCAGGUCCCCAUGUCUGAGCCAUGGACUAUUUACUCCUCUCAGGGGACUAACUGCAAGACAUAAUGGCAAUAGAGAGAGAAUAAAUCACUCCAGAAAAGUGAGUCUUUAUAUAACACAAAUCCUACAUUACUGGGCUUUCUCUGCUGCGUGUCUAUAUAAUAAAGCAAUAUCUUCUUUAGCAUGGGUGUUGUAUAGAUAAAUGGUCACAUUUCUGUAGUAAAUAGAUUUUCAUAAAUUUUAAGGUUAACACACGGCAUAUGGUAAUAAUAGUAGAUGAAUAAGCAUUCGUUACAUGAUUACCCCACAGAUGCCGGGCUAGUUGGGUAAAAGUAUGUGAGGUGGUGGGAAGGGAACGUUCUCGCCAGAAGUUCGUUCUAGGACCCGUUCUCCACUAAUGAGAGAAUAGCGAGUUUUAUUGCUGCAAUCUUCUACACAUCAGGAUUCGCACCGAGGUGUUUUUCCCAGCAGUUAUACAUAUUUUACAUUUAUGCGGAUAUUGUCACAUUCGACGGGGGAAGAAUUUCAUUAUAUCAUCCAAUGUGUGGCUUGUGAUAUACAGAAGUUAUCAAUAAUCGUUUCUAACCAAGUUAAGAAAGCAGUUCUAUGACUGGGGGCUGAGAAAGGGAAGAUGGUUAGCAGUACCUCUUAUCGCUGUGUAUUGAACUUUGAUGAAUGGGUUUUCCCCAUGGGUCUGUCAGAGAGCAUUAUGUGUUUGUAGUCUUGUCAUCAAGUGAUCUUGGUGACUGGCUCCUGAUUUGUAUUUUCAUAUGAUCGCUCUCUAUCCUCCUCUGACUUGUAAAACAGCCUUGUUCUGAUAGCCAGUAUCAAAGCGGAACUGUCACAAAUAUUUUGCAUAACAGGCUAGCUAAUUAAAAGUUUAAAAGUUCAAGGAUCACUAUUGGGUCAGGAACACAAACAUGUAGCCCCUCAUGCCUCCAUAAAUAUAGCAAAAUCACCAUCUAGCCCCUCAUGCCUCCAUAAAUAUAGCAAAAUCUUUCUGUAUUCAAGCCUGAAGCUGUAGAUCUGCAUGUAGUUUGCCUGAAAAACAAAAAACAAAAAAAAGCAGUGUGCUGACAUCAUUAGAAGUGGUAGCCUGAUUCAAUCACAGUGCUUCCCCGUAGGAUUGGCUGAGACUGACAAAGAGGCUGAUCGGGGCAGAGCCAGCACAAUUCAAACACAGCCCUGGCCAAUCAGCAUCUCCUCCAUUGAGAUGAAUUGAAUCAAUGAAUCUCUAUGAGGAAAGUUCAGUGUCUGCAUGCAGAGGGAGGAGAUACUGAAUGUUUGGAUGCAUUUUAGGCAGCCACGACCCAGGAAGGAUCUCUAACAGCCAUCUGAGGAGUGGCCAGUGUAGUUAUCACUAGGCUGUUAUGUAAACGAAAAGAUUGUGUUUACAGGAAAAAGCCUCAAGGUAAUGAUUCUCACCAGAACAAAUUCAAUAAGCUCUAAUUGUUCUGGUGAUUUAUUGUGUUGUACCUUUUUUUUAAUUUUUUUUUAAUUGUAUUUAUUUUUUAAAACAAAAUGUCAGACGUUUCAUUUGCUGCCCAUCGUUGUGUGUGUCCAGAAUAACAUGAUGUGGAUAGUUUCAGUAGAAUAAAUUUGAACAUUUGCUUUGUCUAUUGUUUUCUAUUGUGUUGUCCCUAAACAAAGUUUUUAAUCACCCUUCCAUUGAAUUAAAAUGUAAUUUGACUGGUUCUCUCACUUGCCUUUAUUCAUAACAUUUUAAUAUAGGCAGAUGCAUAUUAGGUGCAAUGCACUAUACAUUUGGUUCUCCAAGAAACAGGAGCAGACUGUUUUGGUAUAGUGUGUUUGUAUAUGUGUGUAUAUGUAUAUAUAUAUGUGUGUGUGUGUGUGUGUAUGUGUAUAUGUGUAUAUAUAUAUAUAUAUAUAUAUAUAAUAUAUUUUUUUUUUAUUUAUUUGUGUUAGGUGCUUAAGAUAGUACAGUGUGAAAUACCAUGAAUAAGCGUAGGAUGAUAAAAGGAGCAAGUCGGUUGUGGUGUGCCGAAACCGACGAUGAGGUAGGCCUGAGAAAGAAGAGGGCCCACCCAGGAAAAGAAAUAGAAAGGAAAAUAAAUGUUAAAAGUGGUGUGGUGGGAGGGUCAUUCAACGCUGACCUCGAACGGUAAGGAGCCAGGCAAGGGGAGUGCCUUAAGUAGGCUAGGGGUGGAAAACCAGCACCUCCCACAAAUGCAGGCAAAUUGCCUUAAUACAUAUAUAUACACACACACAUAUAUAUAUAUAUAUAUAUAUAUACACACACACAUUAUAUAUAUAUAUAUAUAUAUAUAUAUAUAUAUAUAUAUAUAUAUAUAUAUAUAUAUAUAUAUAUAUAUAUAUAUCUCUCUCAAAAAUACAUAAAAGGUGCACUCACAGGUCUUAACAAGUGGUUAAUUUAUUCUUAGAUGCAAAUUACAUGUGCAAAAAAAUAUAUUACAGUGAUAUAUUACAGCGAUCGACGUUUCGACCCCUAUAGGGCCUUUUUCAAGAUGAUAUAUCCCCCGUUGUUUUUUUACCUAGGUGAGCUGUUUUAAACCCAUUAGUGACCUAGGACAUACAGGGUACGUCAGCCAAAAAACUGUUGACGUACCCUGUACGUCCGUGGCCAAAAUGAGUGCUGGAAGCGAUGGUGAUCACCUCCAGCCGCUCUAAGGCAUCGUGGAAUACCCUCUUCACUGCCGGGCAGCCGAGUGAUCGCUCCCCCCAGAGAUUAUUUCCUUUUAAUUCUCACUUUCAUGAAUAACAAUGUCUGUGUCUGGGGAGUGGUUAGUGCUAGAAUAUAGAUAAAAAUGCUUUCAUGACGGGCUCAAUAGAUUUAAUAUUACUUAUCCUUUUUGUAAAAAAAAUAAAUAGCCAUUGCAUCCUCAUUGCAUGUAAGCUUUGCAUUUUGCCUCCGUGUCCAUCCAUGCCAUUCUUCAGGGAUUUGUUAUGACUCUAUUACCUCAGCAGAACAGCGUUCAAGGACACGUAGUGCAGAAUAAAUGACUUCUCUGUCCUGAUCUCGCCUCCCAUCGUACAGCAUGGAAACCAUUUAACAAGCGGGUUAUGUGCUGCUCCUGGCAUUUGGAUCAGGUGGUUUUCUAUUACAUAGAUAUUUUAUCUGUAAAUUCAAUCACUGAGUUUUCUGGAAUUUGUACAAGUCGUUGGAGAAUUUGGAAAGAGUCAGCUGUUUCCUACAUUUUACUUUUCUACAAGGCCAACAGGCAAUGCUGUGCUGAAUACAUAGAGUAAAGAAAUAACUAAAGUUGUUUUGAAAGUGGGGAAUAGUACAGUGAAGAUAUUAUGAUUAUUUUUUUACAAUUUUGAUUUGUAAGCGGUUUACUACUAGAAAGACAAUACAUUUUCAAAGGAUAAAUAGAUAAUAAAUGAACACUGGAAAGACCAGUCUAAAUAAAAAAACCAUAUUCAGGUCAGCGACCUGCUUCGAGCUUAUUUCUGACAAUAAAACACAUUGGAGGGCUUUCCUCUCUAACGCAUCAAAUUGAAAGUAGACAUAGAACACCCCAUCAUUGGAAAAUACACUGACUCUACAACUGUGAAGAGGUGUCUUAUUUGUCUCAUCAUUAAAACUUGCGACCAUUCUUCGCUCAGGGAGCCAGCUAUGAAUUUAUGGCCUGAGGAAAAACUCGUUCAGAGAAGUAAACCUAUGACAUUUUAAAUGGUGACCAAAAAGGGGAGGAGAAGAGGGGGAAAAAUGGGGUGGUAUUGAAGUGGAGGAUGGAGGAACUACCCUGAAGUUAAGCAUUGUGAAUCCAAAUGCGUCAAUGUUGUCAUUUUGGACCAUUCUUUGACAGUUCCAUCUGAAGUGAUUCCUCCCAUUGAGACUUAUAAACGGUAUGUGGUCUGUCUGGAAUAAGCUCACUAAGUGCAACUAGGAGUCAGUGUCUGCAAGUGAAAGUGAUGUAUAGGUGAUCCUCGUUUUGCGACCUAUCUGCUUUACAACGGCUUGCACUUACGACAAGCUCUCUCGCUGGGUUGUAAGUGUGAGCCGUCGUGGAAAUUAGAGGGAUUCCCUGCUCUGCUGCGUUCGUAUAUGUUCAGGGACUUUUCCCCCGAACAUAGAAGAAUGCAGCAGAGCAGGGAAUCACUUAACUCCUCACUUACCGACCAAUUUGUUCUACAACCAGGUCGUAGGAACUGAACCCGGUCGGUAAGUUAGGAGUGUCUGUAUAAAUAUUAGCCCUUACCUAGGAAUCCCAGGGCACCACAUUCCAAUCCAGCUGCGAAUGCGGGGUUGCCAGUCCUGUGUGACUCACUCAAAACACACAAAGUGAAAAUAUAGUUAAAAAGUGAGAGCACUCAGUACAUCUAUAAAUUACCACAAUGUUGUAGUGGUAUCUAGAAAUACAAAAAAUAAAUAAAUCAUAGGGUAAUACAGUUAAACACAGUAUAUAAAUGUACACUCUCUACUGGUCCAACUCACAUGAUUUUGAGCUACUUAAAAAAAGCUGGCUCAGACUAGUAACUUCAAAUGGAUGAUGCAGUGGAUGUCUUUUUUGGGUCUUGAUAUUUAUAUUGCCAAUCUUUGCUUUCCCGGUACUUCACCACAUUAAAUGCAGGAUGUUGGUGAUCAAAACACGGUUUAUUUAACAAACAAAUAAAAUAAGACCUUGUACGAAACAUAGUCCACUUAACACGUUUCAGCUAAUUGCCUUCAUCAAAAAUUUGAUUCUGCUAUCCUCCCCUUUUUAAAUGUUAGAUUUGGCACGUUUUCCCUAAUCGGCACUUGCGGUUACGGUACGUGGUUCCGCUUUUGUCAUCUUUCAUCGUCCAGGAGAUUGUUUUUAUUCAUCCUUAUACGAUAUAUAUGUCAGUGUAUUAGUGCUGGCAUCAGAGUUCAUCUUAUCUUCCAUAUUGUUAGGCGGCUUCAAAACCGCCAUUUUAUUGAAGUCCAUUUGUAACAUCAUAUUACCAAAAAGAUAGCAGUGGAAAAACAUAUUAAUUCAAAACAUUUAUAAAAUCUGUAUUCUCACAGGUAGGUAUUCCUCAAAUGUCUACAUUUACAAAUAUCCUUAUGAUUACUAAAAGAAAUUAAAGGUAGAGUAUAUAAAUAAUUCCUUUAUAUAUAAUCUAAAACCUGCAAGAUUUAUUUAACUUAACCCCUUAAGGAACAAACUUCAGGAAUAAAAGGGAAUCAUGACAUGUCACACAUGUCAUGUGUCCUUAACGGGUUAAUAUCAAUUGCCCCCCCCAAAAAAGAAAUAUCACAAAGGAAACUAAAUAUUAAAAAAAUCUGUAUAAAAGAGGAAAAAGUUUAAAAUUUAAAAUACAUAAUUCAUAUAAAAGAGUUAGUUUGGCAGUCAUGUCCUUUAACCAAACUGUCAAAGAUAUUUGAUUUUGUUUCAUCUCCCGCUCUAGUGUGGGCCAUGUCCCGUGUGGGCCAUGUCCCGUGGGAGUCAUUGUUGUGACAUUAAACCGGGCCAAGUGAGCAACCAUUUAAUAGUUUGCAAAGAAGGUAGACAGAGUCCACCAUCCUGCUUGGAACGUACAAGUUGUUCCAUUCUUGAAUACACAUCCAGAGAUGCCAAAUAUGCCUUGGGUAAACAUUAUAGGUUUUUAUUUUUUAUUUUUUACCCCACUCCCUCUAGCUUGUAUAGUCAUAGACUGUAAGCUCGUUUGAGCAGGGUCCUCUUCAACCUAUUGUUUCUGUAGGUUUUCUUGUAAUUGUCCUAUUUAUAGUUAAAUCCCUCCUCUCAUAAUAUUGUAAAGCGCUACGGAAUCUGUUGGCGCUUUAUAAAUGGCGAUAAUUGAGCAGGGCCCUCAACCCCCUCUGUUACUGAGCGUCCAACUUGUUACAAUUACAUGUUUGUUAGUCCACCCAUUGUACAGCGCUGAGAAGGAUUAUAUGGCCGAUUAGUGAGAAUUAAGGGGUGGUCAAGUUUUUCAUGUCUGUUGAAAAGCUGUUGAGCUGUUAAAUUGAUGCAGGUUUAAGUCCCUUGGGAUUCAAAUGAUUAGGUAUUUCAGUUUGUUCUGACACCAUUUAAAUGGGGUUUCCAAAUCCCCUAGUAGCCUUUAGAUGUUUGUCUUGGACUUAUCCAAAUUCAGUUUGUAAAGUCUUCACAUCUGAAGGUGUCCAGCUCCUUCAGUAGGGUAGGAGUGAAGAUCUGGGUUUGCUCUAUGUAAAUAUAAGAUCAUUGCCAUAAGCUGAAAGAAAUAUGACAAUUUGUGCUCGAAGUGCAAUAAUCCCAGUGCACAGUAAUGGUCAUUGUGCUGGGGUCCUCUGGUGCUGUCACAUGAGCCAUCCAACCAUUUAAAACGUACAUGUCUUUGUCACCUGCCCACAGUCUUUGUAAUCUGCAGUGAUAUUCUAAAGUGCAAAUUUGUAUUUCUUCAUUAGCAGUAUCCAUUUUGUGCAACUUUGCCCUUUAUUCAUUAGUUAAGAGUGUCUGCUGGCAUGCCAUAGUGGAUUUAUAAUGAUACCAUAGGUAAAGCAAACUCUUUGUGCAGGGGUUAUACAGUCAUGGAAAAAAAGUACAAUCUUUACUUGUACUUGCCAGUUGCUAUGAGGUGUUGGCGCUGUGCAUUAUGGCCAAACAUCUCCACUUUAGUCUCAUCUGUCCAUAGGACUUUGCUCCAGAAGUCUUGGGGUUUUUUCAGAUGCAGCUUUGCAAACCUAAGCCAUGCUGCCAUGUACCUUUUAGAGAGAAGAGGCUUUCUCCCGGACACCCUUCCAAACAAAACAUACUGGUUCAGUCUUUUUCGAAUUGUACUGUCGUGAACCUUAAAUUUUAACAUGCUAACUGAGGCUUGUAGAGUCUGAGAUGUAACUCUUGGGUUUUUGCAGUCUCUCUGAUCAUUGCACAGCCUGAUCUUUGGGUGACCUUGAUGGGACGUCCAAUCCUGGGAAGAUUGACAUCUGUCUUGAAUAUUUACCACUUUUGAAUAAUCUUUCUCACUGUAGACUGAUGGACUUUAAAUAUUUGGCUUUAUAUAUUUUAAAAAGCCUAUUUUUGCAUUAUAAACACCCACGGCAGUAGGUAAUUGUUCAUUGUGAAGAUUACAGCUAUAACCCUGUUUAAUGCAUUCCUCAUUCUCUGGAUUCUUGGAAGCUGUUUAAGUAGAUUGACUUAAUGGCUUUUGAACUAUUGUUGCUUUUCCUCUAAUCUUUAUUGUUGCUGAAGAUAACUUGUUUAGUAGAAAUCUAUUUUUAUCUCUCACACAGUCUUUGCACAGGAUUAUUCAAGUGCAACAUCCUGAAUGCAGAUUGCCACCCUCUGAGACUUUAUCAUUCAUUCACUAAACAGGGAAUUGAGGGUUUUAACUAUAGGACAGUUACAAGAAAACUUACAGGAACGACAGGUUAAAGGGGGCCCUGCUCAAACGAGCUUACAGUCUAUAGGAGGUGGGGUGUAAAACACAUUAGGACAGGAAAUAGCCAUCAAAUAAGGUGGGAGUGAAGCAGAGCUGGGAAGGGGGGGGGAGAGAGAGCGCAAGAGACAGGUGUGUAAGGUAGCGGUUACUCUGGAAGGCCAUAAUCUUUCCUAAAGAAAUUAGUUUUAAGGCACUUCUUAAAUGAUUAUAUACUAGUCUGGUGGUAGGCAGACUAUUCCAUAGGAAGUGUGCCACCUAUGAGAAGUCCUGCAAGCGUGAGUUGGCUGUACGGGUGAGAGCAGCAGACAGGAGAAGGUUACGGGCAGAGCGGAGAGACUGAGAAGGGGCAUACCUAUAGUUCUGUGAUGAGAUAUGAGGGGCUAGAAUUGUUCAAUGCUUUGUAAGUGUGGAUUAGUACUUUGAAUUGACUCCUAUAGGAUACAGGAAGCCAAUGUAAGGACUGACAGAGGGGCAAGGUGUGAGAGGACCGACUAGAGCGUAAAAUCAGUCUGGCGAGGGCCAAUACAGCUUUUGGAAGAUCAAUCAGGAGAGGGUUACAAUUGUCCCAUGCGGGAACUUACUAGAGCAUGGACAAGCUCCUUGGUAGCAUCUUGUUUAAGAAAGGGCCGGAUGCGGGCUAUGUUCUUAAUAUGGAAUCUACAGGAUUUGGCAACAUACUGGAUGUGAGGCUCAAAGGGGAGGUGGUGAGUCAAGUAUGACGCCAAGACAGCGCGCUUGCAAGGAUGGACUUUAAUGGAUGCCACUAACUUGAAGCGAGAGCGAAAGAGGUGGAUCAGUAUUUGGAGGAGGAAAGACAAGGAGUUCAUUUUGGAGAGAUUGAGUUUCAGAAAGCGGGAGGACAUCCAGUCAGGGAUAGAUCGCAGAAGCCAGAUUGAAGAGGGUGAAGGAGAGAGUUGGAAUUGAGGAAGCGAGACACACCGACAAAGACAAGUCUUUCCAGAAGUUUUGAGGGAAAAAGGGAGCAGGGAGAUGGGACAAUAGUUAGAGGGGGAGGACGGGUCAAGAGAUUUAUUUAUUUUUUUGCAGGAGAAGUACUACAGUGGCAUGUUGAAGGUCAGCAGGGACAACGCCAGAAGAGAGAAAGCUGUUGAGGAAGGCACAAGACAAGGGGAGAGAGAGUACAGGAUCAAGCAGGCAAGUGGUGGGGCGAGAGGAAAGAAGCACAGCCACCUCUUGUUCAGUAGCCGGGGAAAAAGCCUGAAGGGUAGGAAAGGCACGUGUGGUUGAGAAAGAGAACGGCAAGGUGGGGAGAAUUCUUUCCUUAGCUGUUCAAUCAUGUUGGUAAAGUAGCAUGCAAAGCUACAAGGUUAGUUUGAGGGGUGGCCAAAGCAGGGCGAAGAAGAGAGUUAAAGGUGUCAAAGAGACGCGUGGGAUUGCGGGAUCAUGAACUAAUGAGAGAGGAAAAGUAUGACUGUUUGGCAAGGGCUGUGCUGUAUGAACAUAAUAUGAAUCUAUAAUGGAGAAAGUCUGACUAGGUGUGAGACUUCCUCCAGGAGCAUCUUUGCAGGUAGCGUGUUGAUUUAGUAUGCCACGGUUGGGGGAUUGUCCUCUUCGAGGUGCAUGUUUGGAGCGGGGCUGCAGCAUUCAAGGCUGAGGUGAGGGUAGUGUUAUAUGUGGAGAUGGCCAGUGAAGGAGAGGGAAGGGAUGGAUAGCAGUUGUGAAUAAAUAUUAGCUGACAGCUGCUAGAGGUCACAUAGAAUUAAGGUUCCUCCUGAGUUGAGGGGGGUUAGCCUGAGGAUGUUGGGUGAGGGGGUACUUGAGAGCAAACUAUAAGAUUCAAAGGGUACUUGUCAUGACUAAUACAACUUAGUUACUUAAACCCUUUAACCAUUUCUAAUAUAUAUUUAAUGUUAAUACUAAUGUCCUACUGGGCAUUAGAAAGUAGGCCUAGCCUUUUUUAAACAUGUGAGGGGGAACAAAACAGAAAUUUAAUGCUGGGUGAAGCUCUCUCCACCAUUAUCCACUUCCAUUGGUGUUUAGAAAUACUUUUUUUAUACUUCGAUUCCGUAGAGGUCAAUGUUUCAUUUCAGUUCUGUUUCUGUACUGCCACCAGGACAAUAAUAGCAUAGAAAUCACAAAACCAGUAACUGUGUGUAAUUGAAGUUUGUUGUUUUUUUGUUUGUUUUUUCUUCUUCUCUAAAAAAUCCUUAGACACAACUGGGGGUUCUUGAGGACUGGGUUGGGAACCAUUGCCUUAGAUCAUUACAUCUGUCGCCAGCGAGCUGACCGACAUAAUGUUAGCACAUAAUUGACUAUAGGCUGUGAACUAGUAUCUGGCACUAAAGUGAUUAUAUCAAGCUAAAAUUCUGCACGUACAGAUUAAUAUCACCAUGACCGCUUCAAAUCACUGAAGUGGUCAUGGUGUUUGGAGUAACUUUUUAAUCUUAAAUGAUGGAGAAUCAAUUCUCAUCCAUACAUCGUACUAGAAAAAUUUCCAGAUUUCUCUAAAAUUAGCUUGGCUUUACUAUGAUUAGGGAAUUCCUCCUCUGGACGUCUCUCCUGCUUUCCUUCAGCCUAAGAGAAAGGGGUAUCUGCAAGGUGAAGUUGGGAGGAGAGGCAGGCUCUGUGUAUUAGCAGUCUGAAGAGAGGUAAGAAACGGCCAGAAUGAUCUGAUGCUGCAUCUUUGCACAGGCAAUCUGAGUUUGGAGAGAGAGAAUGGAUAUGUUUUAUUUACACAAAGUCAACAUAAAGUGCUGGGGACUGGGACUUUCAACCUGUUAUGGCAAGUCCAUGCUUCCCAAACAGGAGUAUAUAGGAGAGGUGUGUCCUACAGUACCUGCAACACCUUCUUCUGAAAACUUGAUUAAAAGACCACUAUAGUGCCAGGAAAACAUACUCGUUUUCCUGGCACUAUAGUGCACUGAGAGUCCCCCUCCCGCCGGGCUGGAUGGAAAAGAAGGAGUUAAACUUAAAUCUUUCUCCAGCGCCGGGUGGGGAGCUCUCCUCCUCCUCUCCGGCUGAAUGUGCAUGCACGGCAAGAGCCACGUGCGCAUUCAGCCAGUCCAUAGGAAAGCAUUGUCAAUGCUUUCCUAUGGACGCAAGCGUCUUCUCACUGUGAAAAUCACCGUGAGACGCGCCAAAGCCAUCUAGCGGCUGUCAAGGAGUCAGCCACUAGAGGCUGGAUUAACCCAUAGGUAAACAUAGCAGUUUCUCUGAAACUGCUAUGUUUACAGAAAAAAGGUCCUAUCUGGACCUGGCACCCAGACCGGUCUGGGUGCCUAUAGUGGUCCUUUAAUGCUCUCCGCAGGAGACAAUGUUAAUACUAUAGAUGAAACACCUGUACACCUGGAUAGUAUUAUGGGGACCUAUGUCUCCAGUAUAAUAUAAGGUAACCUCAUGACAAAUGCCGCAAUACUACAGAACGGCCCAAUUAGACUGGACAAAUGCACCAUACCCACUGUGACCAUAGGGUGCUGACCUUUGCGAGUUCUACCUAAAGCACUAUGUAUGGUUUAUUAGCAAUGCUAAUACUGUUAUCUGUAUUUCCGUAAGACCUGUGUGUCUCUCACAUUAUCUAUAUAUUAGAAUGUUGUAACCGUUAUGAUGACACUAAUAAAGCUCAUUUGAAUAAAUGUUAAUAAAAAUUAAACUAAAGUAUGUGUUUAUAAACAUGUUGGAAAAAUCACUUAAUCGAAUAAUAAAAACUGCAAAUAUAAAUAAAAAAGUUUCUUCUUUUUACCCAUUCUUACUUUAAUUUGAUUAUAUUUUUAAUUUGUUCAAUGAAGUAAUUGACUCUUGUGUAACAAUAUAUAUCAAUUCUUGUCCUUCCAGCUAUUGUAGUACAUUAAGUUUGUACAGCUAAUGAAGAUGUAGACAUGCUUAUUUGCAUUAGUGCUUAAAUUAAAGUGGAACGAAAACCAGUUAAGUCCAAAUGAAUGCCAUCUGUACAUAGUCUGUUUGCUUAUACCUGUUUUCUCUCUUCACAGUUGAAAUGCAGUUUCUUCAGCCACCCAGUGCCCCACUUUUGUAGAUCAUCUCGUCUCCCUCGUGCCCUUUUUUUUGUAAAAGUGUACCUGCACCUCAAGAAACCUGGAGAGGGGCUGGCGAGGCAUCACAACCUGGAACAAUUUAAGGCCACAGGAGGGUGGGCUCUCUUAAGAUGUCCUUGAGUAGUGGCGCACCAGGAGGGAAAGGUCUGGACUCAAAUUCUGUGGAGACCUACGAUAGUGGCGAUGAAUGGGACAUCGGAGUUGGCAAUCUGAUCAUUGAUUUGGAUGCCGAUCUAGAGAAGGACCAACAGAAGCUUGAGAUGUCCGGCUCUAAGGAGGUGGGCCUGCCAGCCCCCAAUGCAGUGGCAACUCUACCUGACAAUAUUAAGUUUGUGACGCCAGUGCCAAGUGGCCAAAGCAAGGAGUCAAAAUCUAAAUCUAAGCGGAGUAAAAGCAGCAAAGAUGGAGGCAGGAGCAGCCAGGCCCCUGGACUAUUCCCAGUAGGAGAAGCCAGUAAAAAGGAAGUAGCAGGACGUUCUGUAGAGGUUGGGGGUAAUUCUGGAGCACCCUCAUCCACAGUGACUUCUAAAAGUAGUGAAAAGUCUGGAAAGUCCUCCCGCAGCUCAUCUAGCUCCAAAAAAGAGAGUGGAAAAACUAAAAAGGACAAAUGUGAGGUUGCAGUGAGUGGUGGAGAAAAGGAGUCUACUGGAGUUCUCCAACAGGCCUCCGGAGUGGGGAGUAGAGGAGUCUCAAUGCAGGAAGCAGUGGUGGCAUCAGUGGAACAGUUGGGAGGGGGUAUGGCGGUUGACAGUGGUAGUUCCCUGAAUGUGGCAGGGAUUAAAACAGAACCCGAGGACCCUGAAACGGACAGUCGUGGAUUGAAGAAGGUGAAAGCAGAGAUGGUAAGUUGUUAAACUUGAUUAAUUUUCUACAUAAGAAAUAAAGGUUCAAGUUAUAUGUAGAAUAUGCAGUUAAUAAAUUUCCCAGUUAAUGGUGGUAAGGAUAUGCAAGUGUUAAAGACGUUGUUUCAUUGAAGCUGUAAGUAGAAGUAAUCUAAACGAAAAUACAGUUACUCACUUUCUAUCCACCUCAGUCUUCAUCAGCGCUGUUUCCUUGUAUAAUGUCAUCCUGGACCCAUGCCUUCACAGGUUUAUUCCAAUGUUCCUCAUGGAGAAUGGGGGGCCAUAAGAACAUGCAAUGCCCUUGCCACGAUGCACCUAGAAUUCUGCCAUAGAGAAUUUGCCAUAGAGAAUCAAGGCUUGGAGGUGUGUCUUGAAGUCGCUCUUCCAAGCCUUCUAAUUAGUGAGCCAUUUAAAUUUGAGGCCAGUAGGGUGGGAGGAACAGCCGUAGGCAGAAUAAAACAAUAUAUAGCAGACCCAUAAAAUAAGUAAGCUGCUGAAUCCUGGCCCUACUUCUGUUUUAAGCAUCACAAUAUAGGGAACCAUAACCUGUGCAAAGAUAAUAUUUUGUUAUAUGUCCGCAUCCCUUGAAAGUACAAUGUAUCCUAGCUCCUGACUCUGUCCUCUCUUGGUUUUCCUCCUAUCUCUCCCAACGCUCAUUCAGUGUCUCCUUUUCCAAGGACACCCCCUCCCCUCGUCCUGUCUCGGUUGGAGUUCCCCAAGGGUCUGUCCUUGGUCCCCUUCUAUUUUCUCUUUAUACUGCCUCUCUUGGUAAACUUAUUGCCUCCUUUUGGAUUCCACUACCACCUGUACGCUGAUGACACUCAGAUAUACCUCUCCUCCCCGGACCUCUCCCCUGCCGUCCUGCAACGUGUCACUGCUUGCCUUUCUUCCAUCUCUGACUGGAUGUCCUCACGCUUUCUGAAACUUAACCUCUCUAAAACUGAACUCCUUGUCUUUCCUCCUCCUAAUACUGAUCCUCCUCUCUCGCUCUCCCUUCAAGUCAGUGAUAUCCACAUAAGUCCAUCCCUGCAAGCGCGCUGUCUUGGCGUCAUACUUGACUCUGGUCUCACCUUUGAGUCUCACAUCCAGUUUGUUGCCAAGUCCUGUAGGUUCCAACUCAAAAACAUAGCCCGCAUUCGCCCCUUUCUUACGCAAGAUGCUACCAAGGAGCUUGUCCAUGCUCUAGUAAUUUCCCGCAUGGAUUACUGUAACCCUCUCCUGAUUGGUCUCCCCAAAAGCCGUAUUGCCCCGCUACAGUCUGUAAUGAAUGCUGCAGCUAGACUGAUUUUCCUCUCUAGUCGGUCCUCUCACACCUCACCCCUCUGCCAGUCCUUACAUUGGCUCCCUGUAUGCUAUAGGAGUCAAUUCAAAGUGCUAACCCAUACAUUUAAAGCACUGAACAAUUCUAGCCCCACUUAUAUCUCUUCACUAAUCCAUAGAUAUGCCCCUCCUCGUACCCUCCGCUCUGCCCGUGACCACCUCCUGACCGCUGCUCGCACCCGUACGGCCAACUCGCGCUUGCAGGACCUCUCGCGGGCGGCUCCUCUCCUAUGGAAUAGCUUGCCUACUGCCAUCAGACUCUCCCCUAGUCUUCAAUCAUUUAAGAAGGGCCUUAAAACCCAUCUCUUCAGGAAAGCUUAUGGCUUCCCAGAGUAAUCUCUACCUUACAUACCUGUCUCCUGCUCUCUCCUAUGGGACAGUGCUUUGCUCUCUCCUCCAGCUCUGCUUCACUCCUACUUGAUAUUCCAUGUCCUAAUGUUUCGAAUACCCUACCUCCUAUAGUCUGUAAGCUCGUUUGAGCAGGGUCCUCUUCAACCUAUUGUUCCUGUAAGUUUUCUUGUAAUUGUCCUAUUUAUUGUUACAUCCCCCCUCUCAAAAUAUUGUAAAGCGCUACGGAAUCUGUUGGCGCUAUAUAAAUGGCAAUAAUAAUAAUAAUAAUAAUAAAUAAACUCUCUGUGUAGUAAUGAGUGACUGGCAGCUCACAUGCAGGGGGCAAAAUGGCAUCUAUUCUUUUUCCCUUAUUCUUUUUACCUAGUCUUGAUUACUUUUGCUCUGAUGUCUUAUUCACUGUUGAAAUGUGCAAACAUGCUGUUGCCAAGUCUUGUUCUGAUCACGUCUCCACUCCUGUUACUAGGGCCUAUUUACAUGCUUGUAAUCGGGAGAGAAGGGAACUGCUCAUGUAAAAUUAAUUCUAGUAUGUUAUUAUCAAAACUCAAUAAUCUGUAUUCAGUGAAUGCAUAUAUAUAUAUAAUCUAUUGGGAAAUAGUACUUAAUGUUUACAUUGAUACGCAGCAGUUGUUAACGGUUGCCACUGCAGUUAUGGCCAUGAUUUGUAGACCUUUCUCGUAGACCUUUCUCAGGUUGUUUAAGCGUCAUUGGAAACGAGGAUACAUUGUGAUUGGUUAGCGCUCGCUGCUUUAUUUGUAUCUCCAUGUAUGGUCUUCUAGAUAUAUAUCGUUUUUUUUUUUUUUUCUUUUUCUUUUUGGUAUGUUUAUCAUUUAAAACAAACACAGAAAGGUUGUUGGCUAAUCAGUGAGAAUUUAAGAAGGUAUUUCAAAACAAACACAACUCUUCAGAUAAUAUUACUGAGCUGGUACUUAUUAAAGUUGUCUAAUUUCCUGUAAGCAUUGUCCAUGCCGAGUAGUACGAAGUACCCAGUAACAUGUAUGCACUUACUACUUUGCCACGAGCUCCAUCACGCCAUCAAGUCGCAGGAUCUUUGAACAGCAAUUCAUGUUUCUAUCCUAGUAGCUUCCAUUUACAGGGAGCACAGAGGUCUGCAACAGAUGUGGGGAAUGUAUGGGUUCCUCCCCAUUCUCCCCCCCUCCCCUCCCCAUCUCUCUUUACAUGCAGACAUCAGUUUUCAAAUAUCAAGAUCGGGAGUCCAGUAGGUAAAUUGGCUUUGCUUUAUUCAGAGCUAGCAACUGGUUCACGUAUCCACACAUUGUGUUUCUAUUGUCAGUGUUCUACUAGCCCGUGGAUCAGUAGCAUGACAUUGGCACAAAGGAUGCCAGACCCAGACAUGCUAGGGAGGUCUGAGGGUCUCCUCCGGAGCUGGCUUAAACAAGAUACCUGACCUUUACCUCUACCUGGUCUUCUCGGUCCCUGUUGGACUCCAGGGAAGCCACACUACCGCUGCUAAAUGGUGAGCAAAAUAAGUGGAUAACAAUAACUGCAUUGUUAAUGUAUGGGUAUAGUAUUCUGUGUGUGUCUAGCCAUAUAUGUGCCCUGACAGUGUACAUUGGAGGAGUACCACAAUAUGCUGAAGCACCCAUAGAUCAACAUACAGUUUAAGGUAAAUAGGGCUGGCUCUCCAAGGACUUCAAAGUCUUGCUUUGGCACUGCUGCUGCUGAAAUUUUGGCUAGUCCUUCACUAGUGGAUGUGGUGAGAAGUGGAAGAACAUGGCAUCGGAAAGAUUAACACUUAUUGUUUUGACCUUUCCCAGAUAUAGAGCGGUGUGGUUUCUGGUUUGUUUGAGAUGUGACUGCUUUUAUUUAAGCAUAUUCAUGUUUAAUCUACACGGUAUACAUUAGAAGCUCAAAGUGGAAUCGCUUUCCAAACCUGCUGCUAAUGGGCACAAGCAUGCAUCCUUCCCUGCCAUGUUGUUCUAGCAGUUAAUGAGGCAGAGGCAUUAGAGUCUUUUUUUUCCCACGAGGUCUGAGCACUGUGUUAGAGGGAUACAGCAUCAAAGGAUCCUCUCCAGCUUCACACAAACGCCUGACAUUCCCACUUUGUAGCUGCUGACAGACCCCUGGCCGCCUGCCACGUUUACCUCCUCUCUCCCGCCUCUUUAAUACACCCAAGGCAGACGAGGGCGGGUGCGAUGUAGCAUAGUGAGCGUGAAGCCAGUAAAAGGGUAAUUUCCACAGACCCAACGUACAGCACUUGUCAGCAGCUAAGGAGAACGACAGGGAGGGGGUAGAUGCCAAAGAGACAGAUGAGAGCUGGCAGCAAAGCCAGAUGUCAUCCACGGUCAUGUAGCCGCACUAAUAAAAGUGUGAGACAGUUUUUCAGUCCCCCCCCCCCCCUGUAUUAAAGAUCCCUUGGGGAGCGGAAGAGUGUUCCUGUAUAAAACUGUCUGUCAGGAGCUUCAAGAAGAAUUAAAAGCUGAUGCCUGAAAAAAGACUGGCAAAUGCCUUGUGUGCCCCCUAAUUAUCUUAUAGUGAGUGGGAUUUUUGUAACGGGCAUUUUCCUUUAAUGUUCUGCGUACAUUUACAUACACAUUACUGUAAAUCCCUGGAGAGGGCUAUUUAGAGAUAAAGUCCUAUACUGCACCGUUUUACAAGCUCACUCUGUCCAUAUUGAUUAUUGUUACAUUUGGUUUUAAAUAAAUUUUUGGAUAUCCAUAUGUUUUUAAUGCUGUAGAUUUAGACGUGCAACUCCAGCCCCCACGUAUUGAUAUAUGACUCUAGCGGAGAUGGUGACUGUCCACAACAGCAAAAUUUUAGGUUAACACGGCCAAACUAAAUACAGAGGUGGCAUGGAAUAGAUUUGGUUUUCUUUCCCAGUUUAACUACUGUGGCCUAAAAUUUUAGAUUCACUUAAAAUUCCAAAGAGUUCACCCCAUUGAGAUUAAGUUUCGUAGUGACAUCUUUUAAAAUAUCUAUAUAUGCAUGUCUAAAAGUGUAUAUUUCAUCCUUCAUUGAUUACCUACAUUUUGUAUAUCUUCGAUAGGAGUUACACACAAUAAAAAAUAGCAUUUUUAAUAAAAUCUUCUUUCUAUAUAUUGAUUGUGCUUGUUCUGAGUGACACUCUAUGGCCUCAUUUAUUUCACAAUAGCUCUGCCUUUGCUUUCAUGGCCGGUUGAUGAUGAUUGGUCACUCCAUUUCCAAGAGAGGUCAUUUUAUCUAACAUUCAUUUAAAACUCCUUUCUUGGUAGUUCCUUUUCAGGCAGCAAUGCUUGAAUUUUUCUAUUCAAUAUCCACUGACCACGCGUGCAUCACCCUGAAUGCAUCUAUCUGGGAUCUCUGAUCCAAGGUCCUUGUUAACCACAACAUAUGUGACAAUAUUUGCCCUAAUUUGACAAUGAUGAUGAGGACUAUAGCAAACACCAUGCAGAAGCUUGAAUUUUAACAUAUUCUGCUUGCUUCAGGAUUCACUUAUCUCUGAUUCCUGGUUUCUAAGGAAUGCUGCAUAUCCAUGCAACACAAAAUCAGCAGGGAAAAGAUCCGUUUAAAGUGUCUGAGAUCCUGCCGUCAGAAUGGUGGAUAAGUGCCAGGGAAUUAUUUGAGGUAGCAACCGUUUCGAAACACGGGGCCAGGCAACUGACAGCAGCCAUAUGUAGUGAGGUGUAGAAGAGCUCCUGCGAGAGAGAGACGUCUUCAGGAACAGAGGCACAAAUUAUGAAAUAAAUAUCACCCACAGGUAAGACUGUAUCGUACUUCCAAAAGUACCAUUGGGGGUCUCCAAGACCAGACCUCCAAGUGCCACCUUUGGUCGCAAUAAUCUUGCGUUUCAUACACCUGAUGUGGACACAACCAGGAAUGUCAAACUGAAUAGUUUUGGUCUCCCCAUCUCUAAUUGGGAAUUAUUCUCUAAUGAUAUUGACUUUUUUCCCUUGUGAAAUGCUGAUUAGGUGGGGCACUAUGACGUGGGAUCUUGGGAGGAACACAAAGCAUGCAAUCAAAUGAUGUAGGUCAAUUAUAAGGUUCCGUACACUAUAGUGUACGUUUGGACGCUCUACUAAAAGAAUUGUGGCCUUUACAUUGUCUAAAACCUUUUCUGUGUAUCAACACUACCAUAUUGUAAUAUUUCUGCAGUUUGUACGCAGCUAUUGAAUAUAUGAUUAAUGCUGUAGUGGUAGGAUUUGCACUUGCUCGUGCUGGGUAUGUGAAGCACAUCUGCAAUUCUCAUUAGUCUGUAGAGUAAGUGCCUCGCAGGGCUCGAUGCGUUCAGAAUGUAAUUUACAGCUCCAGCUCAGCAGACACAUUGUAAAACCGCGGAAUCCAGCAACAGGAGUGGAUAUAAAAAAAGCUUCUCUAAAUCCUGGGCUAUGUAUAGGCUCUUGCUGUAUUUCUGGGUGUGCAUAGCUACGCUCCUUUACAUUUCACUAUUAAUAGCAAAUGGCCCUUAAUUGUGAACUGGCUUUCUAUUUUCAGCUCCAUUAAAAUAUUUUAAAAAUAAGUUUAUAGUUGCAGUUGUGCAAAAUGAAUGUCUUUUUUUUUAAAAAAGAAAUGUUUUUCUCUGCGUGAUUGAGCUGUUCUUUGUUUGCUCAAUGAUAAUAUAAUGCCGAUCGAUGCCAAGCACUUUGUGGCAUUCUUAUAAAAGCAAACAGAGCCAUGUUUUGCACAUUGAUAUAAAUGUAUCUUUCAAAGGUAUUGCUUAAUGACAUGCCUGCACCAGCUGACGUCUUACAUUUCUGGGGGUGCGUUGAACAAAUUGUUUAAUUAUUUCAGUCUCCUCAAUGAUGUUGGUUACAUUGUACGUGGUAACAUUCCACCCUCGGUGCUAAAUAUAUUUAGACAUAAGUUAGAGAUUAAAUGAGAUCCCUUCUUUGAAGUUGCAAGACCAAAUAUCUGCUAGUGGUCUUUUUUUACCCCUAACAGAAAGCUACAAAAACUGAAAGGUUCUCUGCAGAAAAAAUAAAACCGUUUGACAGCACACACUUCCUAGUUGUAACUUUAAUAAAUCUACUGACAAUUAGGGAGGUUUAUAAAGCAGUAUAUAGUGAAAUGUGGUGCAGGAGUCACUGGUUUCCAUGGUGAUUUCCCUACUUUUAGUUCUUUUAAAUAUUCUGUUGAUAAAUCUUCCCCAAUAUCUCAGAAUGUCAUAUUCUUUAAUGGGUGUUUCUAUUGUAUUUUAGAUUAAACGACUGUAGAGCAAUAUCUUUUUUUGAGUUCUUAAAAUCUUAUUGGGGGCGGGGCCUAACCGCUGAAGCGACAUGACACUAACCUGUGCAGCUCCUGCUUAAUCGGUUUUCAGCCAUAAAAAAGCGACACAAUCGUCUCAGAAAGGCCACCAGGCGGAAGGUGACACGGAGAGGCACAGGAUUGUGCCACACAAGCGACCUGUGCAGCCCAACUCACCCGCUCCUCCUGCAUGGCCUAAUCGCAUGAUCGGCGCAAGGGAGACGGCCGCUCCCCUGCUGACAUCCACGGCAGACAGACCGAAACAAGGCCCACGUAAAGAGCAACUAGCUCUGUUCUAUGCAUGUCUAGCCUAGCAAGUUAUACUACAAAUCCCUGGACGACCUUUUCAGGAAGGUGGAACUUGCACAGUUUUUUUUUAAUUUAUUUUUUAAAAGACCUUACAAGAACCAAAAUGCCUAGACAGUCAAUAUGCUAGACUAAACCAAGUGUGAUAACCCCCUUGCAGAAUGAAAUUAAUACAGUCACAUGGUGAGCACAUAAUUGGAAAGUAGAAUCAGGUUAUCAGAUCAGGUUGUCUAAUUGAAUGAUAUUUUCAUGUAAUAUAAAAAAUGUGCCGUCUAACCUGCCACGCUUUGUAAUGUUAUGGAAAUGCUUGUAGAAGCUGUCGUGGCUCUACACGCUUGUUGUUAAACUAUGCACAAGAAAAAUAAAGAAUUUAAAAAAAAAAAAAAAUUAAAAAAAUCUUGAUGUAGAAUUCUAGAAUUCCUAAACCUCAUUCUGAAGUUUGGCCCUAGUCUCCAUUAAUUGUCAAACUGUGGUCCAUAGGAGCUUAUAUGGUGACUUUUAUUAAAACCAUUGUGCCAUUAGAGAAACUGUGCAUGGAGUAGAAUAUCUGUGCAUUAGAGAACAGUGUGUGUAAACUAUAACAAAGCACAGACAAAACAUAUUUAUAUUUAUUUAUAUAUAUAUAUCUAUAUCUCUAUAACACACACACACACAGUAAUUGCUGCACCAUUAGUGUUCAUCGUUCUUUCCUCUCUUUAGCACAAUGGGAUGCUGGGAGGUAAUCUGAUAACCUGAUUCUACUUUCCAAUUAUGUGCUCACCAUGUGACUGUAUUAAUUUCAUUCUGCAAGGGGGUUAUCACACUUGGUUUAGUCUAGCAUAUUGACUGUCUAGGCAUUUUGGUUCUUGUAAGGUCUUUUAAAAAAUAAAUUAAAAAAAAACUGUGCAAGUUCCACCUUCCUGAAAAGGUCGUCCAGGGAUUGAAUAGUAACUGGCAGUGCUCUUUCUUUAUGCCAGCUGUCACUGCACAAAUGUAUACAGUGUCUGGAUGUGACUCCAGUAGGUGUUUGUUGGAGAGAUUUAGUGCUGUGUGAUGGUGUUUAGGGGUAACAGUUCUCUGUGGGGUUUAUGGAUAGCGGUGCUGUGUGAUGGUGUUGAUGGUAGCGGUGCUGUGUGAUGGUGUCUGGGGUAGCGGUGCUGUGUGAUGGUGUCUGGGGUAGCGGCGCUGUGUGAUGGUGUCUGGGGUAGCGGCGCUGUGUGAUGGUGUUUGGGGUAGCGGUGCUGUGUGAUGGUGUUUGGGGUAGCGGUGCUGUGUGAUGGUGUUUGGGAGCGGUGCUGUGUGAUGGUGUUUGGGAUAGCGGUGCUGUGUGAUGGUGUUUGGGGUAGCGGUGCUGUGUGAUGGUGUUUGGGGUAGCGGUGCUGUGUGAUGGUGUUUAUGAUAGCGGUGCUGUGUGAUGGUGUUUGCGUUAGCUGUGCUGUGUGGUGGUGUUUAUGAUAGCGGUGCUGUGUGAUGGUGUUUAUGGAUAGCGGUGCUGUGUGAUGGUGUUUAUGGAUAGCGGUGCUGUGUUAUGGUGUUUAUGAUAGCGGUGCUGUGAUGGUGUUUAUGGAUAGCGGUGCUGUGUGAUGGUGUUUAUGGAUAGCGGUGCUGUGUGAUGGUGUUUAUGAUAGCAGUGCUGUGUGAUGGUGGUUGCGUUAGCGGUGCUGUGUGAUGGUGUUUGCGAUAGCGGUGCUGUGUGAUGGUGGUUGCGGUAGCGGUGCUGUGUGAUGAUGGUUGCGAUAGCGGUGCUGUGUGAUGGUUGCGUUAGCGGUGGUGUGUGAUGGUGUUUGGGGUAGCGGUGCUGUGUGAUGGUGUUUGGGGUAGCGGUGGUGUUUGGGGAUACAACAUUAGGGUUACUUUUCCCCGUGGAGAAUAGCCCCCAUGUAGCAGUGUGCCGGGAUGGAUACACUGUUAUUUUAUUGGUCAUUGUACCACCAGGUGUUGGAGUGGUUCCCAGCAGCCAGAGGCCCCCGAGUGAUGGGCAGAUAAUGAUAAAUAACAGAUUCUGAUUGGCUACUGACAUCACGUGUUCUUGAGGCAGUUUUAUUUUUGUUUAGUUUUAAACUGUCACUGAGGAUUUGAAAAUUGUUAGAAUUCCGACAGUUUCCCUGUGCAGAUACUGUGUGAGAUCAGCCGGCGGUGGUUACAUCAAUACAGUAACUGUGUGAGAUCAGCCGGCGGUGGUUACAGCGAUACAGUAACUGUGUGAGAUCAGCGGCAUUGGUUACAGCGAUACAGUAACUGUGUGAGAUCAGCCGGUGGUUACAGCGAUACAGUAACUGUGUGAGAUCAGCCGGCGGUGGUUACAGCGAUACAGUAACUGUGUGAGAUCAGCCGGCGGUGGUUACAGCGAUACAGUAACUGUGUGAGAUCAGCCGGCGGUCUUACAGCGAUACAGUAACUGUGUGAGAUCAGCCGGCGGUGGUUACAGCGAUACAGUAACUGUGUGAGAUCAGCCGGCGGUGGUUACAGCGAUACAGUAACUGUGUGAGAUCAGCCAGCGGUGGUUACAGCGAUACAGUAACUGUGUGAGAUCAGCCGGCGGUGGUUACAGCGAUACAGUAACUGUGUAAGAUCAGCCGGCGGUUGUUACAUCAAUACAGUAACUGUGUGAGAUCAGCCGGCGGUUAUUACAGCGAUACAGUAACUGUGUGAGGUCAUCCGGCGGUGGUUACAGCGAUACAGUAACUGUGUGAGGUCAGCCGGCGGUGGUUACAGCGAUACAGUAACUGUGUGAGGUCAGCCGGCGGUUAUUACAGCGAUACAGUAACUGUGUGAGGUCAGCCGGCGGUGGUUACAGCGAUACAGUAACUGUGUGAGGUCAUCCGGCGGUUAUUACAGCGAUACAGUAACUGUGAGAUCAGCCGGCGGUGGUUACAGCGAUACAGUAACUGUGUGAGAUCAGCCGGCGGUGGUUACAGCGACAGUAACUGUGUGAGAUCACCGGCGGUGGUUACAUCAAUACCGUAACUGUUUGAGAUCAGCCGGUGGUGGUUACAGCGAUACAGUAACUGUGUGAGAUCAGCCGGCGGUGGUUACAGCGAUACAGUAACUGUGUGAGAUCAGCCGGCGGUGGUUACAGAGAUACAGUAACUGUGUGAGAUCAGCCAGCGGUGGUUACAGAGAUACAGUAACUGUGUGAGAUACAGUUACUUCGAGAGAUGAGCUGGCGGUUUUUACUUCGAAAGAGUAACCUGGUAAUGUUGUUUCUGUUUUAAAUUGAUCUAUGUAAUGACAGCUGUACCUUAUUGCCCUGUAUAAUGACUGCCAGACAUUGCGUUCAGUGUUAUUCACUAAACUAUGAAUUUUGCAAAAAUAAAUCCGAAUAGAAAAGCCGAUGAGGAAAAAUUCCCUUUCUGGACUAUUUUCGUCGACAUUGUGCCAUUCUGAUUUAAAGGGACACUGUGAAGUGGUCUGGGUGCCGUGUCCCUGUAGUUUUAACCCAACAAAUGAAAACUGUGGAGGAACAGCAAUGUUAACAUUUCUAGGUUUCAGUGUCUCUAGAGCUUGGGUGGGCAACCUUCGGCACACCAGAUGUUGUGGACUGCACCUCCCCUGAUGCUUUGCCAGCAUUAUGGUUGUAAGAGAAUUAUGGGAGAUGUAGUGCACAUCUGCAGAGGUUGUAUAUCCCGCUCUAGUAGCUGUUACUCUGACCGACACUAGAGGCGCUACUGCUAAACUACGGUAGAUUUUAAUCAGUCUCACGAGACCAUCUGAUUUGCACAGUGCAUGCGCACUAGCAUUCAAUGUUUGCAUAUAGGAAAUCAUUGGACUGGUAGAGAUAGUAAAGAUUCAUCUCCGCUAAGGAACUGGUUUGAUGGCGAAAAGAGCAGCGUGGUGUGGGAGAACUGGUUAGUAAACUCACUUUUUUUAUUUUUAUUUUUUUAACCCUUGGUCCUGGCGGUCACUUAAACAGUGACUCUGACACUACAGUAUUUCGAAGACACAUAUUGUAUUCGAACGCUAUAGUUUAAUUUCACAAGAAUUGUGUGAAAUUCAGUGAAUAACCCUGAUAGAAGCAAAGAGGUCCUUGGCACCGCAUAUCUUUCGUGUGUGAAUUAUCGUGCUGGUUCAGCUAGUAUCCUUGUUUCCAUGACUCGCAGAGUUCUCUUUUCCCAUAUUAGAUUGUUAAUGUGCCUCAUCUUUCAUUUUUUUUUUUUCCUUUCUUGAUCUGUUUCAGCCUCAUCCUGCUGGGACAGUUUAUACUCUGCUUCUGUCCAUGCAGCACUAUCCUUCCUAAUCAGUGCGCCUUCUGUCAUUCUACUGCGUCCCCCUCACUGCUUGUUUUGCUGUUUUCUCCAUUCACUGUCUCUGUUUUGAUCGUCCAUACUUCAGUUUUUUUGUUCAGCUUGUUCGCUCCUGGCUCGCUGUCUGGAUGUUGUAUAUUGCAUGCAUUUGACUUUUGUCCUGAUUUUUCUGCACUGUCUGUGCUGCCAUUCCUGCUCAGCCUCCUUACUUUACUCCCUUCUCUAAUUGUUUUCCUUGAUCUACAGCUUUCUUUCACAGUUUGGUCAAUUCUCCACUCUCGCAUGUGAGGUUAUUCCAAAUUUAGGUAACUAACUUUAACAUUAAGGUGUUUGUCUGUGAAACACGGUCUAUGCUGAAGUAGCGUUGUGAUGAGAAUUUAAUGGCUCUAUUCACCACUAAAUAUACAUGCUAUUAAUGGUAGAUGAUGGUAAAAGAGUAAAUCUGGUUAAAUGUCUGGCUUGGGUCAAAAUAUAAUGGUGGUUGGCUUAAAACCGAUUUGCAUUCAGCAGGUAGAGAUGUGCAGGGAUUCUAUGGUCAUAUGUAUGAGAAGUUACAAGCUACGAUACUAAAUAGCUUUGUAUUUUAUAUUUUUUACUUCUUUCUUCCUACCUUCAUCCGCACCACUUUUCAGGUCUACUUCUAAAUAUUGGCUUGUUAGUUUUAUUCAUUUUUUUUUUUUUCCUAAGCAUGCUCUCCUCAAAAAUUAUUCUUUCCCUCAGACCCCACAAUGGUGUGAAAUCACAAUUGAAUAAAUAACCGCGUGUGUGUGUGUGUGUGUGUGUGUGUAUGUAUAUAUAUAAUAUACUGUAUCGUGGUUACAGCGAUACAAUAACUGUGUGAGAUUAGCCGGCGGUGGUUACAGCGAUACAGUAACUGUGUGAGAUCAGCCUGCGGUGGUUACAGCGAUACAGUAACUGUGUGAGAUCAGCCGGCGGUGGUUACAGCGAUACAGUAACUGUGUGAGAUCAGCCGGCGGUGGUUACAGCGAUACAGUAACUGUGUGAGAUCAGCCGGCGGUGGUUACAGCGAUACAGUAACUGUGUGAGAUCAGCCUGCGGUGGUUACAGCGAUACAGUAACUGUGUGAGAUCAGCCGGCGGUGGUUACAGCGAUACAGUAACUGUGUGAGAUCAGCCGGCGGUGGUUACAGCGAUACAGUAACUGUGUGAGAUCAGCCGGCGGUGGUUACAGCGAUACAGUAACUGUGUGAGAUCAGCAUAUAUAUAUAAAUAAUUUUUUUGGGUUUGUUUAAAAUACAAACACAGUGACAGAUUUGUGGUUGUAAAGAAAUUAUGCAAGCGAGAAACUCAGUCUUCAGGAAGGGAGAAAUCUGGUCAUAUUACAACAAAAUAUAAAGAAAGAUCCAUAACGAGUCAUAAUACCACCUUUUUUGUUAAUGGGGUCACACUGGUCUUAGUGAUUCUCUCCCCUCCCUUUGGCUGCUACAAUUGUAGAACAGAAAGACUGUGGUCUCAGUGUGAUUGAAUCACUUCUUUAUAAUCAGCUGCUAUUUGCCUGUAAGUGUGUCUUUGCUGCGCCCAUAUAGAGCACAAUGUAAACACCAACAUUAGCUUUUUGUGCUGCUCACCACUGCUCUAUAUUUCCUUCAUAAUAUUAAGUUCAACUUGUAAUCUUCCACCUUUGUGCCCAUUUUAUUUUUUGUGGUAUUAUGUUAAUUUUUUUUAUUUUUUUUCUUGUGAACCAGAACUUGUUGUUGGCAGGUACCAGUAUUGGUGCAUAAUCUGUAAUUCUGUGCAUGCAGGCACUGUCCAUUUUAUGCCCCCCGCACUAUUCUUUGUUAUCCAAGUGUGGGGAUGAGGCCGGUCGGUGCCCCCAUCCUGGGUGUCCUACGCCCUCAGACCCGGCGGGGGAGGUCAGAAGGAAAGCGUCCUUUGUUGGUACCUGUCUGGGGCCCUUGUGUGUCUUUUAGCUAUGUCAUCUGUACAGUAAUCUCUAAAUCUUUCAUUUUUUGACCUGUAUUUGAGACCGCAUGCUGGGGAACUGAACUUUUCGGUACAAUUUUUAUAAAUAAAUGGAAUUGCAUGCCACACAUGUAUAGAUUCUUUUAAUAUGUCAAUGCUUGCCACUUUGGCUGGGCUAGGUUUUCUUACAUUUACGGUUUACAUCAGUUUCAUAUGUUUCUGCCUUGGGUGUCCACUGUAGCAUUUUAUCUUGUGUUGACAUUUGAGUUGUGCUUUGUUUAGAUCGUAUGUUCUAUCCCUUAAUGGAUAUGAAGUAGUAUUCUGUGCUCUUCCCCCUCCCUGCCAUGCCUGACACCUUCAGAGCUCCUUAAUGUCAGUGUUGUGUGUGAAAUGUUAGCUGCUCUCUUGCCUCUAGGAAAUGUUUCCCCUUCCCUAAUAGGUUCUGCACUAGGCUGCUGGGCACACCUCCAGGAUCUGUGCUUAUCCUCUCUGGAAUGCAGCCCUAAUGCUUUUUUAAUCCAGCGAUUUAUUGUUGUUGGCUAGGAGAGCAGGGAGUCGGCAGGCAACCAUGCCUCACGUCCUGUCCUGAGACAGAGUAACAAGGGAGAGACGGGUUCGGCACAGGCAAGGAACCAGGCGGUGCACGGAGUUAAAAACUCUGGACGAAACAUGACUAUCAUUGCAGUGCCAAAUAUAACCUCAGCCCCUUAAUGUAAGCAUGCAGUGUGCGAUUCUAUGGCAGCCGGCCAUUUAUAUUUUUAUUUAUUUCUCUCUCCUAUAAGAUUUACCACAAAACAUGCUUAUUGCUUUUUUUUUUUGUGGAGGAUCGUUGGCAAACAUUUUGUUUUCUUGUAUUGCAUGCACUUUUUUCUGAGUAGGCCUGAAGCCUGCCCUUGAUUGCAUUUUCAGCUUACCUCAACACAGCCCUAACCUGUCAUGUGUGCAGGCCACUCCAAUGAUACAGCAUGGAUAUGGAUACUUUUAUGAAGUGGUCUGGGUUGACUUUUGUCCUUUUAAGAAUUUCGGUUUUAAAAUUCUUUGUCCUUUUAAAGGGAGAAGUCGUUUUCACCAUAAGUACUAUAUGUAAUUUUCAAUCAGUUUUACAAAAAGCGUGGAUAUUUGUCUCCGCUUCUGCUCUCUAUAUUGCCAAUACAGAAGUUACCCUCCCAUGUUAGCUGUAUCAGUUUUGUAUAUGUGUGGUCAGCAGCUGAUUUUCUCUGACUGUUAAUGCCAUCCAAGUAUGGGCAAAAUCGAUAUUGUAACUUUUGCAUUUACAAUGUAGGGAUUCAGGGAAUGGCUGUGGGUGCCUUUAUGAAUCCCUCGUUUUGAUCAAACUGCUUAAUAACUUUUGACCCUUCAGAUGCUGGAACUUUGUUUUUGCAUGGCUUUAACCCCUUAAGGACCAAAAUUCUGGAAUAAAAGGGAAUAAUGACAUGUCACACAUGUCAUGUGUCCUUAAGGGGUUAAAUACAUUAUUCCUUUAAUGCACUGUAUAGAAUACUCCUACGUUAAAAAUAAAAACAUGUAUUUGUUGUGCAGGAGUAUUUAAAAGUCUGUUUAGAUUCAGACAACCUCACCCUCCUUUUUUUUCCCAAAAACAAGAUGGUCCCUUGCCACAUCUUGGUACUGAUGCAAUUCCACAGAGACAUAUUCGAAUACAGGGAACAGCGUUGUUAUAAGCAAUACCUGCCAAUGUUGCAGAAAGCAUUCAGAAACCAUACGCUCCCGGCUGUCUGACAGACAGGGUGCCACAAAUGCAAUUAAGAAAGGUGCAGAUUUUUCUUUAACGCUGAACUUUUAUCAAGUCAGAAAAAUUAGUUAUUAUGUUAAGCCCUAAAGCACUUCUCCAAACUGAAUUGUUUAGGGGUUUAAGCUUAAUUUAUCAGAACCAGCCUGGUGUGCCCGUUUUAAGGCGGUAUACUUGUGGCAUUGUGUGUUAUUGCUGUACAAACAGCCCACGUGUAGCUCACUGGAAGAAUAUCCGGUCAAUGCACAUGGCCAGCUUGAUAUCAUACCGUGUAUCGCUGUGCUUGAAAAGGACGCUUUGAGUCCCCCAGUUGAAGCAAAGUUUGUCUGCUGUUCAGUCUGUCAAAUAAUGUGGGAGGUUUGGUUGGUUGUCGUUAAAGAUUACCAGAUCACCUUCCACUAGAGCUGUUAAGGCUUUCAAUGAGUUAUACGAGUUGUAGUUCCACUUUAGCUUUUGAUCUGUUGUUUCCCCACCACCCUUGUUUUAACUACCGUAGUGAUCUUCUUAUGAUCUAUUUCUACUUAAUGUGGUAAAUAUCGCGAGGAAUCCUGCAGUGAGUUUGAUUUAUACUCUGACUCAGUCUCUCAUAAGAGGUGCAUAAUGCAAUGACUGCUUUUAUUAACUGCGCUCUAGGCCAUUUCUAUUUUAUUUUUGUAAUGACACGUUUCAUUUUAUCAUGGUGAUUGCCAGGUGGUUCCAUGUGCCUGGGUCCAUUAGCGGAGUUAAAGACCUGCCUGUUGAAGUGCUUACUGUAUAACAAGUGCUGUAGCGGAAUUAGGAGGAUUGUAUCGGUGGGGAUGAACUUUAGAAGCUGUAUUAAAGGCAGGUACUUUCUGACUUUAUUUAGCAUGUUAUGCACAUGUCAGAUUGCGUUUUAAAACCACACAUUCUCAAGACAAGACGUGUGGUUUAUUCUCUGUGUGAAGAGAGGUCAUUGAUCAAUCUGUGGGCAUGAAUUACUAACUUCACUAAGCUGAAAUCACACAAUCACUAAAUCUGUAAAGCCAAGGUCCCUGAAUCUGGCGUUCCCCAGGGAGACGCAGUGUAUUAUGUUUAUUUUGUUGCUACCGUUAAAAGAAAGCAAAAACCUGCUGAACCAGCUUUAAUAAUGUUAUCUCGGCUCUUCCUUGUACAUAUUCUGCAGCUUUCCUUCCCAUGGGGCAUUUCAGUGAGCUUCGAACUGCACUGGUCUGACCCUUCGCUAAACAGAUUGCCUGAGUUUUCCUGCUCAUAAAGCUGCAUGGAGUCACACGUGUUCGUAGUGUAUGAUCAGUCUUCGCUCCCACAACCAAUAGCAGAUCUCGUUCAGUGGCAGCAAUGCACAGAGUUCCACAAACCCUAAUUAAGAAGACAUGUCGUAGCCGCAUUCACCUUAAAUCACAUUUUGGAAGAUCUAUUUUCCCAUAAGUAAUGGCUUCUGCGUAAUGUCAAGAGUUUAUUAAAGCCUAACCAUCUGUUCUAAUCAUUACUCUAUAACAUGCUGUCCCCCAUUUAGAAUCUUUUCACAAAUGCAAUUAGCAAUCAAUAGCCUGGGAGACCAGCAGCCUCCAUCUUUUACUCAAUCUCACUUCAGAGAGUCUGAAUGAUGAAUGAUUUACAGAAGGAAUUUCGUUUCUUUGCAGUUGUAAUGGAUGGGAGGAACUGGCAUGUUACAGCAGCCAAUCAGAUUGCAAGAAACAUGAUUUCUUGUUGCAGUUUUCAAGGAAAUUGCUGGUCGCCAACAAAGAAACAAACAAGCUUUCUUUGCCUAGACUUUGUAAUGCAAUGGUAAGUCAAAGGAUAAAUGGUACUAAUUGCAGACUAAUGCUUAAUAUCAUUAUCAAGCAUAAUUCUGGUGAAUGGCAGAUUUGUGUAUAAUAAUAAUAAUAAUCUGGGUAUUUUUGGAUAGAAAGGUCUGUAUCUAACUCUUACUAUCCAUGCUAAAAUUGUUAAAGGGUGACUUCAGACACCGAAACAAAUUUGUGUGUUUUAUUUUUUGUUUUUCAAUAGAGAUUUACACUUUUAUAAAUUGACCUGGUUACACCCCUUUUGGCUUUCAAGCAGACAACAAGCAGUGUUAUUUCCUGGUUUAGUUGGCUCGUUGCAGCUGACUUUAAGAUGCAGUAAUUGCUCAGAGCACCUGACUUACAAAGACUUCUCAUUGAGCGGUAUCGGGAAGUCUGUAAUUGGACAGCCACAGAAAGUCUGGGCAGGGUUAGUAGGGGGAGAGCUUGCAAAGCCGCAGACAAGAGAUUGUCAAGUUUUGCAAGCAGUGUUUUAGAUAUAUCCCCAAUGAAAAAAAUACAGAAUUAACCCCUUCCCGACCGUGGACGGAAAUUUUCCGUCAACCUUGUCCUUCAGUUAAGGACCGUUGACGGAAAAUUUCCGUCAUUUUCUUAAGUUAACCCCAGAUCGCCGCGAUCGCGGCAAUCGCGGCAAUCGCGGGGUUAACGGUGCUCCGGUCUGCCUCUGCAUUAGAGGCAGACCGGGAGCACCCGAUCGGGCUGCCCCAGCACCGGUGCUCGCUCUGACAGCAUGUCAGAGCGAGCACAUGUGCUCCACAUACUCACCUUCCGCCUCCCUGCACUUCCGGGUUCUGUGUGAAGUGCAGGGAGACGGAUCAGUGCUGAUCUGCUUCCCUGUGUAAAAAAAAAAAAAAUUAAAGUUAAAUCCCACCCCCCCUGCCCCUGUUUUAAUAAAAUUAACCCCUUCCCUGCCAAUUGAUCACUGACUACAGUGAUCAAUUGGCAGGGUAUACAUUUUAAUGUCAUCUGAUUUUUUUUUUUUAACCCCUGAGGGUUAAUUAUUUUUUUUUUAACCCUCAGGGGUUAAAUUUAUUUUAUUAAUUAAUUUAAAUAUUAAAAAAUUAUAUAUUUAGCUAGCUGGGAUGGGUGGAAGUUAGUGGGGAAUUGGGGAAUUUGGUGUUAGGCUAACUAGGGGUUAACGUUAAAAAAAGUUUUAAAAUAAGCUUUAAAAAGGUAAAAAAAAAUUUUUUUAAAAUGUUUUAGUAACGUUUAAGUAAAAAAAAAAAAAAUACCACCCCCUUUACCCAGUCUAAAUAAAAAUUAACCCCUUCCCUGCCAGCUGAUCACUGCCUACAGUGAUCAAAAUACAGAUCACAGUAUUAUACUGUGAUCUAAUUUUUUUAACCCCUGAGGAUUAACUUUUAUUUAUUUUUUUUAACCCUCAGGGGUUCCAUUUAAUUAAUUAAUUUAAAUAUUUUAUAAUUAAAUAUUUUGCUAGCUGGGGUGGGUGGGGGUUAUGGGAAAAUGGGGAAUUUACGGUUAGUGCUGCUUACUGCUAGUUAGGGGUUAACGGUAAAAGAAAAGUUUAGAAAAAAAAUUAAAAGUGUAAAAAAAGUUAAGAUAGUGUAAAACAUUUAAUAAGUAAAAAAAAAAAGUUUAAAAAUGGGUUUUACAAAGUAAAAAAAGUUUUACAAAGUAAAAAAAUACAUUUAAAAAUGCUCAUUACCACUACACUUGGUACAAGCUAGCGGAAAUAUUAUCCCACGCUAAGGUUCAAAAUAUGCCUUUUGAAUUACCCUGGGAUGUCUUCUUUAAGAAAUGAUAUGCCUUUAUGGUGUAAUUGGAUGAUAUAGCCUUGUAAAAUACUCUAAAAUGGGACAUGGACACAGCGUAAAAAUUCAAAGUUUGGAAAAAACUGGAAUGGCUGUGUCUCAAAUGUGCCCCUUCAAUGUCCACAUAUACCUGGCAAAGGUACAUACGGGGGUAUUGCUGUACUCAGCCGACAUAGCUGAGCAACAUAUGAAGUAUUAUACAGUCGUAGCACACAUAAGGUUUGCAAAAUAUACUGUGCAAACUCACUUUGUAUGUCAAAAAGGCAGAAAAAUGCUUAUUACCACUACACUUGGUACAAGCUAGCGGAAAAAUUAUCCCACGCUAAGGUUCAAAAUAGGCCUUUUGAAUUACCCCGGGAUGUCUUCUUAAGAAAUGGUAUGCCUUUAUGGUGUAAUUGGAUUAUAUAGCCUUUUAAAAUACUCUAAAAUGGGACAUGGACACAGCGUAAAAAUUCAAAGUUUGAAAAAAAAUGGAAUGGCUGUGUCUCAAAUGUGCCCCUUCAAUGUCCACAUAAACCUGGCAAAGGUACAUACGGGGGUAUUGAUGUACUCAGCCGACAUAGCUGAGCAACAUAUGAAGUAGUAUACAGUCGUAGUACACAUAAGGUUUGCAAAAUAUACUGCGCAAACUCACUUUGUGUGUCAAAAGGGCAGAAAAAAUGCUUAUUACCACUACACUUGGUACAAGCUAGCGGAAAAAUUAUCCCACGCUAAGGUUCAAAAUAUGCCUUUUGAAUUACCCCGGGAUGUCUUCUUUAAGAAAUGGUAUGGCUUUAUGGGGUAUUUGGAUUAUAUAGCCUGGUAAAAUACUCUAAAAUGGGACAUGGGAACAGUGUAAAAAUUUAAAGUUUGAAAUGAACUGGAAUGGCUGUGUCCCAAAUGUGCCCCUCCGAUGUCCACAUAUACCUGGCAAAGGUACAUACGGGGGUAUUGAUGUACUCAGCCGACAUAGCUGAGCAACAUAUGAAGUAUUAUACAGUCGUAGCACACAUAAGAUUUGCAAAAUGUACUGCGCAAAUUUACUUUGUGUGUCAAAAAGGCAAAAAAACGCUUAUUACCAUUACACUUGGUACAAGCUAGCGGAAAAAUUAUCCCACGCUAAGGUUCAAAAUAUGCCUUUUGAAAUACCCUGGGAUGUGUUCUUUAAGAAAUGGUAUGCCUUUAUGUUGUAGUUGUAAUAUGUAGCCUGCUCAAGUGCUCCAAAGUGGGCACGGACGCAUCAAAACCCUCCAUGAAAAUUCACACUUAAAAACCUUAACUUGUUACGUCUCUUUUAUAGCAGUGUAACUUCACAAAAUAGUGUCUAGGUCAUACAUUGGGCAUAUUGUUUUACUCAGAAGACUUAGCUGAGCAUAAUUUGGGGGGUUUGAACUUAGUGGCACAUAUGAAAUGUACAAAAUACCCAGCAAAAAUGUAAUCCGUAUGUAAAAAAUGCCCAAAAUUAUUUUUUACCACAUACUUUGGCAUAUAUUGGUGAAAAAAUGGGGGCAUGUUAAGGCACAAUAUGCACCAUAUGAGAUACCCUGGAGUGUCUACUUUUAUAAAUGGUAGGCCUUUGUGGGUUUUUUUUGAACAGUCAAACUGCUAUAAUACCCCAAAUUGAAGCAUAGGCCCAUUAAAUCCGCCUCUCAAAAUUCUACUGUAAAUGUUGAAACGGACAGGUCUCCUAUAUGGCACUGUAGCUUCACGAAAUAGUGCCAAAGACAUACAAUGGGGGUAUCGUUGUACUCAGCAGAAGUAACUGAACACAAAAUAAAACUUUGUACAGGAAUAGCACACACCAACUUUACAAAAUAUACAUGGGAAGUUCUUUGUUAUAAGUUUGUGUGCCAAAAACUCCAAAAAACUAAAUUUUACUCCAAUAUUUAGCAGAGAUUGGCGGUGAAAUGGCUACUUAGAAAGUGUCAAAAAAACCUUAGGACAAUAGCCUGUGAUGUCUACUUUAUAUAAAUAUAUACUUUUGUGUGGCAAUUUUGUUUUCUUUUAUGGCUAUUAAGCUUACAAGACAAACAUACAAAAUUCUAAAAUCGCUCUACAUUAAAAGUUUAUUUUACUCCUUGUGCUUUAUGACCUGUAACUACCAAAAAAAACUUUAAAUCCCAGACACAUUAUAUAUUUUGUAAAUCAGAACAACUAAAUAAAUUUAUUUUUAAUUACUUUCUUUAACCUGCACUAAUUAGGCACACAUUAUUAUUGUAAAAACUGUACAAAAAACACACAUUUUUUCUUUUUUUUGCAUUUUUCUGUAUUUUUUAAAUAAUAAAUAAGCAUUUAUAUAUAUAUAUGUUACAUCAAAUUAAAGCCCUUUAUGUCCUUUAAAAAAACAGUAUAUAAUAUGUGUCGGUGCAAUAAACGAGAGAGAUGCAAAUUGCAGUUGAACGCAUACAGCAAGAAAAUGCAAAAAUUGCUUGUGUCAUUAAGCGUAAGACAAGCUUCUGAAGCUGUGUCCUUAAGGGGUUAAAUGCAUCAUUGUUUACAUUUGGGGUGUAUCUACUAAACAGUGACUUAAUUUAUUUGUAUUUGCGCAGUGGAGUGUCCCUUUAAGCAAAGCUUGCAUUUGUAAGUUUGUUCAUUUCCAAAAAAAAAAAAAAAAAGGGAGGGAGAAGUGGGGACACUAAAACCCUACCCACAGACAAGUUGAAUCAGUUUGUGGCAGGGCUUCUUUAUAUUCUCUUAAAGGUCACCACAGACUCUGUUCUUAAAGGGUUACUUCAACCACCAUGUUUUUAGAAGUGGUCAUUGUGGUUGGAGGUUGUGUGUUCAGUGUUUCUGCUUUAAAUGCUGCAUGUACCGAGUAAUCUGUACUUCUGUCCCAGGGGCUAGUUACCAACCCAGCACACUUGACUUAGACAGCCUGGAAUUCUGUUUUUAUCCCCCCUCUCUCCUUCGUUUAAAUUCUCCCGGUCUACCAAUACCCUAUGUUGAUCACCCCUGGCUUACCUCUUAGAAUUCAGUUUUGAAUAUGGGAGGAGUGUAGAAUUAAGAGCUGGGCACUUGGGUGCUUUGUUUUAUCAUGCCCUGGCUACAGCACGAUGUCUAAGGUGGAGCUAUUAGUGAAAUCAUUUCACAGGCAGGCUAGUUAAAGGGAAGCCAAUAAGAUAAAAUGUUUAUUUGUCACUGGGUAUGCUCUCUGCUGUCUGCCAGCGACAGAAAUCUUCCCUUUGCCUCACUCCUCUGCUCAUCGUCUUUUUUUUUUUUUCUCUCCUUUGUUUCUUCCUGUGUAAUAGGAGAGUUCCUUUCUCCUCGUUUCUCUCUGCGGCAUUGCUCCCAAGCCCUGUCUAAUUGGAGGUGUUGAUAAGGCUCUGCUGGCCUAUCCUCUGCCUCCACUCCAGGCAAAAACAUAUCCUCCCAGCCUCCAGGUAACUGUGAUAAUGACAUUUGUCAUCUCCCGCCCCAUCAUGUUCUUGUGGAAGUACUAAAGAGCCAGCUUCUCUUCCAGCUUGGUAAUUCUGGGGUGUGAUGAUGCAAGCAAUGGGGGGUCUGUAAGAUGUCUGUAUGUGUUUCAGUCGCUGCAUCUACCAUGCACAUCAAUUUAUGAAUGCUAAUGCAUAAGCAGCGGACGUGUACUUUUCUAGAAGUAGAUUCAUGCUUUUGCAUAAAGAUGUGCUAUAGUAGAUCUGGUUAAUUCUAUGUUCACAUACAGUGUCAUAACCCACGUUUCCUGGUUAUUUAACCCCCUGAGAGCUAGAUAUUGUUUAACAUAUGUUAACCCCGAGACUGGAUGAUAAUUCGUAAAAUGGAUUAAAAGGUGCUUUUUAGCAGACUCAAAUAUCAUAUGGAUAAUAACCGUUGUAUAAGAAUAUGCAUUUUAGUGUUCUUCCUAUAAAACAGAGCAACUAAACUACUUAUGCAAAGUUUUAAUUAUCACAAGUAAUUAAAUGUAAGAUUAUUCUGUAAUACAGUAGGAGCUUAUAGUUGCCAACUUGAGCCACAGGUCUGUGUGACGUAUAUGCCUGUGCAGAAACAAAAUGUCGCUGAGCCUUAUUCUAAUUAUUGUAGAGUAAAAUGGGUGUCCCUGUGCAAUAUGAUUGGAAGCCACAGAAAGGGCCUAUGGAGUGUUGGCAUGUCCCAAUCUUGAAAUAGCCCAUAAUUCAUAGCCAGUCAUUGCAUGGCAUGAACACGUGAUGCAGCCUUGUACGUUGAUAAGUCACAUUUAUCAUAGUGAUAUCAGAUUCAGAGGGUGUAGCAGGGCCCCUGGGUUUUAGGAGAGGUUUGACAAAAACUGAAUAGGUGUUGUCCAAUAACAUCCUUGCUCCACAAUCCCUACGCAUGACAAUGCGUAAAGUGUCUCUUUUAACCUUUGCUAGUUUUCUGCAUCCGGAAUCCUCUUACUAUUCCUCAAAUGAUCGUGCUGGAAAUCAAUCCUACUGCUGAGAUACUGUUACUUAGGUUUAACCAUACUUAAUAAAUUAUACUAUAUUUAAUGGCAAACAAACAUGUAGAGAAACAUUUGCAAUAUAUUCUGCCACUUAUUUAAUGCUGGGGUUUAUCAGCGUUUCUGCAAAAGUAAAAUGUGUUUUUUUGUUUUGUUUUUUUGUGGUUUUUUUUUGUCUUUAAUUCCAGUUAAAACUCUUGUAAAAUGCCUUUUUUCUGCCUCCUGAAUGGGUCCAUGCACUCCAAAAUGCUCUAUAUUUGGCUUUGUUGUAGCACUCAUUAUUGCUUGCAGUGUCGCAUUCCUAUAGCCUGUCAUGGAAUCCAGCACAUGCACUGGACUAAGUCCUGAAUCAGGUUUUUCAAGUAUUGGUUGUGUCCGCUCCUACAUGUGGAUGGGUGAUACUAGAGGCCCAGAAUAGCUAAGCAGAAGGCAGUAUCAUAUAUAUUAGCGUGGUAAAAAGGUACUUUAAACAACAUAACCAGGAGUGCAUGGGUGCCAUUGCUUCAUGUUUGCUUGUUUGUUUUUUCGAGAUGUUUGGCUUAAAAUGGAGAGACCUUCAAAGGUCACUCAGAGAGCCUCUCAUCGAAGCCACAUUAGUGAUACAAAAUUAGCUGGAGAGCACCUAUGGAACAAGCAUGGAAAUAUCAUGAAAAUGUUAUUAGCAAUCACAUAAGUGUGUGAAAUAUAUAUUUUAAAUUUUCAUUUUUCUUGAAGGUUCCAGUUUAUUAGGAGAAAUGUGUAUUCCUAACACCCAACACCAAGUGUUCCUUUAAAUGUAACUUUUAUUGAAUUCAACUGGGAUCACUAACUAUUAAAAUACCCACUAGUAUUUUCUAGGGGGGGGGGAGGGGGCUGUAGGGAACUCUAGUGCCAGGAAACAACUAAUGUGGCCCCAUCACUGCUUUGGAAUCUUGUCUUUUGAUUUUGUUCCCUUCCUUGCUGCUGUCCUGGGGCAUACUUCGAGUAUAUCCUAGUGUGUUUGCAACACCAAUUCUUUCUGCAGUGAAUAGAACAUUAUUUAUACCUCUCAGUCCACACAUGGCUGUUACUAACACUAGUUUUAUGUGUAAUAUAUGUCUGCCAUGCAAAUUAAUUUUACUUCUCCUUACUAUUUAGUGGAGCUUCUUCAGUUUAUUCCCAUUGUGUUCAUGCUAAAUACAUUUCUUCUUUUUCUCUUGUUUAAGGAAAACUGUCAUCUAUUUUAAAGGAAUACUAUAGAGUCAGAAAUACAAAUCUGUUUUCCUGACCUCAUAGUGUUAAAACUUAAUAUCUUACUUCCCUAAAUAUAGUAAAAUCUUACUUGUAUUCAAACCUGCAGCUGCUGCCUCUGCUCAUGAUCUGACUGCUGUCAUCAUCAGAAGUGGUGUACUGAGCCAAUCACAAUGCUUUUUCAUAGGAUUGGCUGAGAAUGUGAAGGAGGCAGAUCAGGGGCAGAGCCAGCACAAGUCAAAAACAGCCCUGGCCAAUCAGCAUCUCCUCAUAGAGAUGAAUUGAAUCCAUCAUCUCUGUGAGGGAAGUUCAGUGUCUGCAUGCAGGAGAAGGAGACACUGAAUGGCAGUGCUGCUUACUCUGCAGCACUGCACCAGAAAGCACCUGUAGUAGCCAUCUGAGGAGUGGCUGUUAUCACUAGGCUGUAAUGUAAACACUGCAUUUUCUCUGAAAAGACAGUGUUUACUGCAAAAAGCCUGAAAGUAAUGAUUCUACUCACCAGAACAAAUACAAUAAGCUGUAGUUGUUCUGGUGACUAUAGUGUCCCUUUAAAUUUUGAUAUGUUUAAAGGGUUACUCCAACCUCCAUGGCCACUUCUGCUUUUAGAAAUGGUCAUGGUUGUAGGAUUAUGUAUAUGCAGAGCAUUUUCUGCUUGAAAAGCUUCACAUACAGAAAUAUUUUCACUUUUGUGUUGGGGGUUAGUUAUAUUACAGACCGGCACAUGUGACUCACAAUGUUCCGUGAUGCCUAAUGUCAAUUCUGUUUUAAAAUGAAGUCCUUCUCCCUCUACUUCCUGGCUCAGAGCAUGUGCAUACAUAAAGUGUACAGUACAGAGUUGCUUUAAGGUUCUAAACAAUUUAUAUAUGGUAUAGCGCCAAACCUGCAAAGACAUACUGCCCACCUCCUUCUGCUGAUGGUGGAAGAAUUACUGACAUACAUACUAUACUUUUCACCCAGUUUUAUGAUCGAAGCCUCAGACCAUUGGCUCAAGGAGCUGGCUCUGUAAGCCUGAUAGUGUGAGAGACCUGGGGUGAGAAGGAAGAAAAUGGUGGGAUGUUAUCGUCUGAAUCAUGUAGUCUAGCUCUCAUUUUUUCAAUCCCCACAUCUCUCACGCUCUAACCCUACUUGCUCUAAUCUCUGGCUCUCUUAAACUUUGUUUUCUUCUUUCAAUGCCGGAGUCUCCUAGUCUUGCCUUCUUCCACCUGUUAGUGUAUCUAUCACACACUCAUUUUCCUCUUCCAUCUAUUAGUGAGUCUCUUACAAUUUCACAUUUCUCUUCCAUUUAUUACCAGAUUUCUUACACUCCUCACCCAUCCAUCCAUUCCUGAGUGUCUCACCUGCUCACUUUCUUUUUUUUUUUUCUCCAGCAAUGAACCAACUAAUAAUUUUAAUGUGGUUUUGCAGAGUAUACUAUGUUAGAAUUGGGCAUAUUUGAAUAAAGCCAACAAACAGGUUUAUAUAUUUGCAUUGAUUAGUUCCUUUCUGUAAAGGUAUUUGAUGCCAGUCUUUGCUGAUUUUCUAUCUUUCCCAUGAUACCAUAUCAUAUGAGAGAAGCGUCUAUAUUUACCAACUGCCAAUCACCCAGGCAGCUUACCCAUCAUGAGAUGAAGUUGAUGUACUUACCAACCGCCAUGCUAACAGCCGCAGCACACUUAUCAUCUAACCUGAUUCUACCUAAAUCUCCUAUUCAUUAUUUUCAUUAUUAUUUACUAGUUUUUCCCCUACAGCAUUUAGGGACCAAUGAUGUGUGUGUGCCAUCAUAGCAAUCUGAUAUUUUAAGGAUUCCUUUACUAAAUGGAAGAAUGAGAGCAAAAUUUAUUCUUCAAUCUUUAAAGGGUUAAAGUGAUGCUCUAAGGCAAGCACCAUAACGUUCCCAUGCUUGGGAAAGUUUUUGGUGACAGAAGUUUUAAAUGAUAUUUGCUGACAUGGCUAUAGAACAUUGUAUAUUGGGUGCAUUUUGUGGUUUGCUUUUUGGUUUGAAACUCAUUUCUUGCUGCUUACUAGUCAUUAUUUCCAUCUUCUAGUAUGCAUUCUCUCGACCAGCUAGCGUUAAUUACCCGUGAUGUCACUUACUCUGCAUUUUACAUUUGAUUUUUUUCAUUUCAAAAAUUGAUAGAUUUAAAUGUACACAUGUAUAAACAUUACAAUUCUGAAAAUGUUUGUAGUCUGCAUAAUAUGCUUCUUUUCCCUGUCCCCUGUAAUCAUAAUUUUGAUGCAUAAAAUGAAUCUGAGCAGUUAUAAAUAAUUUUAGGUGACAUGUAUUUUUUUUUUUUUUUUCUUGUUACUUAUUUAUUGUAAAUUUGAAGCACAUAAAUCAACACCCCCAAACGCCAUAACCACUGCAGAACACUGUAGUGGUGGUUGUUCUAGGACAUUUCCCACUGGGUAAUUACGGUUUAAAUCCUUGCCGUUUUUACAAUUUUUUCACUUCUCUUCUGAAGGUGGAGCCCAGGCUCCUGAAAAGAAGCUUAAAAUGUUACAAAUUGCAAAGAAUUUAAUAUUUUCCUAAAGAUGUUUUGUGUUGUAAUAUUAACUAUUCCUCUUUUCUCCCACCCAUUCUCUUUUCUUUUCCUUUACUUAACCUUCGAUCACUCUUUCCCCUCACCCUUCUUUCUGUACUUCCGACUUGGCCCUAUCUUUUCCUCCCUUUCCUCACCAUCCAUUUUAGAUGGAGUCCCCGGUGUGUGCUUCGUCUGGCUUGCCUCUCCAUUUAUUGGUCCCAAUGGUGAACAAUGACAUCUCCUCCCCGUGUGAACAGAUCAUGGUGCGCACACGUUCUGUUGGUGUUAAUACCAGUGACGUGGCCCUUGCAACUGAACCUGAAUGCCUGGGGCCCUGCGAGCCAGGAACAAGCGUUAAUCUUGAGGGCAUUGUGUGGCAAGAGACAGAGGAUGGUAAGAUGGAAAUGCAUGCAAGCAGUGAACACUGGCAGGAAAUGUGCUGUGUGUGAAUAUUCUAUGCUUAAUAAUGCCUGUGCGUAGAUAUGUUUGUUACAAUAUAAUUCUGAUUAAAUGUAAUAUAUUUUGGUAGGUGAUAUCAGUUAUGGUGCAUUGGUACUCGUCUGAUGCUUUACUUGCCAAAGUUCAGUUGUUUCCCUAAUGGACAAUGGGGAGGGAUCUGUACUAGAAUAAAAUGCUUACAUCCGUACUAGAAUAAAAUGCUUGGAUCCUAUAAUUUCUUCCCUCUAUUGUUGCACUGUGGGGGUUAAAUACUGGCUCCACAUUAUAUGUAGGGUGCAUCCACCUCUUGGCUUUUCUUCAGAGUUCCAGUGCCUCUAGGUCAGGUCUUUGUUUGUCAUACUCAUCAACUGAAGCCACAAGAGACUGUGACAGGAAAAUACUGAGGUAUGAUCUAGCACUUCAGAUGCCUGCACUGCGGCAAGUCGAUCCUUUCUCACCUAAAAGAGUGUAGCACCUCUGGGAGGAGAGAGUGCACGUGCUCAACUUUAAGACACAUCCUCCUAUUGUGGACAAUGAACAACACUAGGGUACUCUGAGAAGAAACCUACUCUAAAAAGUGAUUUAUGUACAGUUAAGUUAAGCAGGAAGUGGGCAGGAACAUCCUUGACAAAAGCUGGCCAAACUAAGUGCUCAUAGCAGGACUCAGCCCACACAGUUUUGUUACAGGAUGCUAGCCAGAUCAGCUAUUGCAGCCUUAACAUAAGCCUAGAAAGUAACAGGGUUUCCCCAGGAACAGGACAAGCCCCAAACCCACCAGAGGAGCUAGCUAUAACCCCCUCAUGGAAGAAAGUGAGUUGGUAGCGGGGAUUUCUGGGCAAUUCUAUUGUGACAUGGACCUGGUUUGGGAAGUUUUAUGACCUGGGAGGUCACUGCUCAUGCCAACAUUGAAGGUGGGUAACUUGCGGUCCUUUCAACAUGACUCUUCUAUUGACCAAAACUGUAAGGCAAGCACUUUUCUUGUGUCCUUCAUAAAAUCAUGAAUGAAGCUAUUAACACUAGUUGAUAGAAGCAGGAUGACCAUAAUUGCAUAGUUUAUGAAUGAAGCUCUAUGCUACCUACACAGCUUUCAGUACGUAUUCGCAGUAGUCUCUUCUCUCCAUCCUCCAUGGAUAUAUGUGGUGACAUAAUGUAAUAUUGGUGUGUAGAAGGAAGAGUAGGUGAGGUUGCUACUUUAUUAACGUAAUUAAACAUUAUUUGAAUAUAGAAAAUUCAACAGUUAUCUCUCAAUAAUGAAAACCAGUAUUAACUGCAUAUGACAUAACAUUCUUUUCUUUUAAGCAGAAGUGCAACUCUGAGAUGUUAAAAAAGAAAAACCGUAUUGGCUGUAAAAUACCAUUGUACAGAUUAUCUGAAUAUAAAAAAACAAAACGCUGUUCUCUGUUAAAAGGGACAUGCAUCCCUUGUUAGACAAUUGUCACAUUCAAAGGCAAAGUAACUCCACUCGUUUCUACAUCGCUCCCACAGGCAAUGUAGCAGUGUUCAUUUGGUAGCAGAUUUUUUGUUUAUUCCUAGUUCCUUGACUAAAAUGUCAUUAUAGCUUUUGUCAUAAUCACUUUAUUUCUAUUUAGUUUUUAGUGAUGGCUUUUCUCAAUGAAAACAGGGUUUUUAGGAAAUUAGACAAAACUAACACUGUUUGUAAUAAGGACUUAAUUCGCCUUCAGUUCCAGUAAAUGAGUAGGGAGUGCUGCCAUCUACAGUCUUUCUGAGGAUGAUGAUACAAUAUAUAUAUUGAGGAUGAUUUUUUAUAUAUAUAUAUAUAUAUAUAUAUAUAUAUAUAUAUGUGUGUGUGUGUGUAACUCCAUCAUAAGUGUAUUUUGAUAUUAAUAUAUAUAUAUAGCUGUCAAUAUAAAAACUUAUUAUGGGAUAGAUAUAUUUUUUUACCCCGGAUUUCUUUAAUAACUUUUUUUUUUUUUUUUUGUAAGCAGUCAGUUUAGGCAAUAUUGACAAAGUAAACGCUCUUUCAGAGCGAUCACAUGGCCCGUGGGGACCUAAAUUGACGAGGGGGGACUGCCUGGGCUGUCAGGCAGUCCACCAGAAGAGGAUCGUGGCGGAGGUGAGUAUUUGCAGGGCUCUGGGGCUUAAAGCUGUUAGGGCGUUCUAUGCCGCCAUAACUGCUUUAAAGCCCAUUAUAAUGGGAACGGCAUAGAACGCCCUGACGACAUUAAGGGGUUAAACACUGGCAGAGAAAGAUAUUUUGCACAUUUGCAGUCUACGAAAUGGGUGCAUAUGUCAUGCAGAAUUUAAAGAAUAGUGAACAUUAUUGCCUUAUCCGUUCCAGCAGCAAUGCAGAUUGUUUAGAUACACAAUUAGUUUAUUGGUAGGUUGAACCCUUGUGAAUGUGUUCCUUGUUUUAGAAUCCGAGGUUUUGGAAUUCCAUGCUGGAAUAUAAAUGUAAGGAAAUUCCAGAGAAUAAAAAUACAAAAAUUAAAUAAUCUUUCUUUUAUUAAAGGGACACUCUAAAGACCAAGUCAGCCUUAACUUAAGUGAUUUUGGUGUGUUGCUCGUGUCCCUGCAGUCUCACUGCUCAAUUCUCUGCCAUUCAGGAGUUAAAUAAAUGUGUUUAUGCAGCCCUAGCCACACCUUCCAACAUUUUACUUGCAUAGUCUCCCUACACACUUCCUGUAAAGUGAGAUCUAAUUUUUAAACAUCCUUAUUGCAGUCUUUCAUAUAUCCUGCUCUGUUAAAAGCCUUCUAGAGCCAUAGAAGCCUCCUGUGUGUGAUUAACGUUCAAAUUACAGAGCAGUAGAUUUAAAAAAAAAUUUUUUAAAUGUAAAUGCGCUGCAAGAUCUGAUUGAAAACAAAACCUUUUCGGUCAUGUGAACUAUGAGUCCCAUUCAGGGGAUGUGUGACCUAGACUUCAUAAACAAAAAAAUAUUUAACUCCUAAAUGGCAGAUAAUCGAGUAGUGAGACUGUAGGGGCAUAAUCUAUACACCACAAUUGCAUUAAUAAGCUAAAGUUGUUUGGGAGCUUAGAGUAUCCUCUUUAUCCUUGCUAUGUUAAGCCUUUUUACUAGCGUAUUUGCUAUCCAUGUAUGGUAAUGGUUGACGCUGUCUCUUCUUGUAGGAAUGCUGGUUGUCAACGUGACUUGGAGGAACAAGACCUAUGUUGGCACGCUGCUAGACUGCACAAGGCAUGACUGGGCUCCCCCAAGGUUAGUAUACUGAUUUCUUGCAGACACAUGGAUUUAGCUUAUAUCAAAAUUACUCUUCUCAAGUAUAAAUAUUGAGAAAAUGUUCUUUUUUUUUUUUUGUUUUUUGUUUUUUUUGUUUGUUAUGAGUGCUCACUAUGUCUUCUUGAUCCCUUCCCCUCCAGAUUCUGCGACUCUCCCACCAGUGACUUGGAGAUGCGGAAUGGACGGGGGAGGGGCAAACGUAUGCGACCAAGCAGCAAUGCCCCCAUCGCUGAAGCUGCACCAGCCCCUGAGAACAAAGGAGCUAGCAGCAGCAGUAGCAGCAGUAGCAAGACACGUGCUGGAGCCAACAACAAAGGAAGACGGGGUAGUCAGAACUCAGGCGAGCACCGCCCCCCGCCAUGUGGCAGCACAGAGGACAUUAAAGCAAGCCCAUCUUCUGCUAGCAAACGCAAGAGCAAACCUCCUUCUGAUCUUGAACUGACUUCUAGCUCAGAAGAUUCUAAAGGGAGCAAACGUGCUCGUACCAAUUCAUUGGGCUCCUCCUCUGCACCAGUGUCUGUGUCACUGCCUUUAACAGUUCCACUGAGCACUAUCAAAGUGGAGGCCACUACAAUGGAUAGAAACUGCUCUUCUCCCAUUCUAAUAGACUGUCCCCACCCUAAUUGCAACAAAAAGUACAAGCACAUAAAUGGCCUGAAGUACCAUCAGGCUCAUGCACACACAGAUGAUGACAGUAAGCCAGAGGCAGAUGGAGAUAGUGAGUGUGGGGAGGAGCCCCAUCUUCACCUAGAUAUGGGAAGUUGCAAUGGUGCCUUUGCUUCCCAAAAAGGUUCCCUCUCGCCUGCCCGUUCUGCCACACCUAAAGCUCGUUUACUUGAGCCACAAAGCCCACCUCAUUCUGCUAAAUUUGGUGGAAAGAUGGUGUGCAAAAAGAAAAUUGGUACCGAAGGUGAUAUGGACCCAGGGGCACUUUCUAAUGAUGGCUCUGAGGAUGGAACUCUAGCAGCAGAUGACACCAGCAAUGAUGGCUUUGAGUCUCAGGAAAAGAGGCUAACAGAUAAAGAUUCCAUCAAGAAGGGAAACAGUAGUAGUAAGCAGGAGAAGUUGACUUCUUCGAAGAGUGUAAAGUCUGCCCGUGCUAUUGCACCGGCUAUAUUACCACAACAGAUGUAUACUAUACAGGCCACCACAUUCACUGCUUCUAGUCCUGGUUCAUCAACUGGACUCACCACAACAGUUGUGCAAGCAAUGCCUACCAGUCCCCAACUCAAACCUAUUCAGCCAAAACCCACUGUAAUGGGAGAACCGUCCAGCAUCAAUCCAGCACUAACUCCAUCUAGAGACAAGAAAAAGAAGGAUAAGAAGAAAAAGGAGAACAGAGAUGAGGAUACAUCUGGAAGCUCUAUUAAGCCUGGUCGUCCAGAAGAAGGGAAAAGCCCUUAUGGGGAAGCAGGGGGGGAUUCUUCUGUGAAAGUUGAUGGAUUGAUUAACGGUUCUGAAUCACAUCAAAGCCGUUUGGCUAGCAUAAAAGCAGAGGCUGACAAAAUUUAUAGUUUCACUGACAAUGCUCCUAGCCCAUCCAUUGGAGGAGGGGGUACAUCAAGCCGAAUAGAGAACCCCAGUCCUGGGCAGCCCAUGACUCCUCUACAUGUUGUAACUCAAAAUGGAGCUGAAGGGACCUCUGCUAAAACAAACAGUCCAGCCUACUCUGACAUUUCUGAUGCAGGGGAGGAUGGAGAAGGUAAAUUGGAUAGCACUAAAGUAAAGGAUCCGGAACAGCUGGUAAAGGAAAGUGCCAAAAAGUCCCUUUUCCCACCUCAACCACAGAGUAAAGAGUCACCAUAUUACCAGAGCUUUGAAACUUACUACUCUCCCAACUAUGCGCAUUCCAGUCCUGGGACCAUUAAUCCCACUGUUCAGGCUACACCUGAAAACCAGACUCUUAAAGUCAAGAAGGAAGAGGAUUUGGAGGUUACAGAAGUAAAAAUGAAAGCUGAACCCCCUGAAGAGAAAAAGCCAGAAUUGUGCAGCACAAGCCAGCAGCCUUCUGUGAUUCAACAACGCCCCAACAUGUACAUGCAGUCUCUCUAUUACAAUCAGUAUGCCUAUGUUCCUCCCUAUGGCUACAGUGAACAAGGUUACCAUGCUCACUUACUAAGCACCAAUCCGGCAUACAGACAGCAGUAUGAGGAGCAUCAAAAGCAAAGGCAGAAUCUUGAGCAACAGCAGCAGCAACAGCAGCAACAGCAGCAACAGCGUAAUAUGGAGAAGAAAGCAGAAAUGGCCAUGAGAGAUAGGGAGGCAUCUCUCAAGGAAGAGUGGAAGCACAAGUCUUCAGUGCCCCCAACACUAACCAAGGCUCCAAGCCUAACAGACUUGGGAAAAUCAGGUUCCAAACCUAAGGAUUUAGGACCUGGGCCUGAUUCAAGCAAAUCCGUGAUUAUCCCCAAACUGGAGGACUCCACAAAGAUGUCUGUUCAACAAACUGAGGGACUGAAAACAAAAGUUUCUGAGACAGGUGGACAUUCAGGAAAAGAAUCCACUGAGCCCAAACCUAGUGGGGAGUGUAACCGUCAGACUGGUUUGGAUCCUGGCUUGUGGUACAGACCUGUAAGUAUCAAAUCACUUGUAAAGCUAUUUAGUUGCUCUAAGCUUUAGAAUGGUCAGAAGGCUCUGCUAUGUGGACAAUAAGAUGUUAAAUAUUAAAACAGUAGUUAUGGAAUAUGUUGCUGUUUUUUUAAUUAUUAUUUGUAUUGUUAAAUGAAUCCAUAUACUUUUUUUUAUUUUUUAUUAUUCUCCCCAGAUUAAAAUAGGGUGCUCUGGGUAUGUAUUCCCAUAUUUAACUAGUCUAAAAGAAUGCAUAGAUUUCAGAGUUGAAGCUGCCUUUCAAAAAGAAUACAAUAUCAGUGAAAUCAAAAUGAUAUAGCAGGAAGCUGGGAGGUAAUUGCCAUGCUUGUCUUUCUAUGAGAAAAAUUUAGCACAGUUCUUCCCUUGAAACUACUGUGCAAAACAAGAACAGGCGAAGGCUGGCAACUAGGCUAAACAUAUAGAAAUAAUGUGAGGAGAGUAAAGAAACUGUUGUAUGGGUUAAUCCGUAACCCGCAUAUGAGUUUGGUUUAGUACUGGUAUGAAUUGUGAUGGUAUAUAUCUGUGUAUUGUGGCUGCAUUUUUUAUGGAAAUGUGAAUUCCUAUUCGCAUCUCCUAAGAUGUUUCAUACUGAAAACUUGACGAUGACAUUGUUGCAUUGAGGUUAAUUCUGUUUCUUUGUCAUAAAUGCCCAGCAGGAGGCAGAUUCUCGCAUGUGGACAUAUGUUUAUCCCAAGUACCCAGAUACCAUGAAAGUUGCGGAAGAAGAGCGGUGGAAGGAAGAGCGGAAAGUGAAGGAGGAGCGCAGCAGAAGUAAAGAAGCUUCAUCCAAGGAAGAAGGCAAAGAAGGGGCAAGUGGGGAUGUGAAGGGACCACCAGCAGCGGAGGAUCCUAGAGUACUCCCCAAGGAUCCACGCACUAGUACUCAUGUACCAGUGUCAUCACCUCUUACUCAACAUCAGUCAUACAUCCCUUAUCUCCACGGUUAUGCCUACAGUCAGGCCUAUGACCCCAGCCAUCCAAGCUACCGCGGGAUGCCUGCAGUCAUGAUGCAGAACUACUCAGGUAACUGAAUUUUAGUAUUGCAAUAUAGUACAGACCCACGGAAUAUAUAAUCAGUGAAGAAUGUUGAUGCACUAAGGUUGCUCUAGGCUAAUUCCAAACACAUCUGCAGACCUUUCCAAGUUCAACCAAAGUUCUGGUCAAAAGAGGUGACUUGGUUAGAUCACAGUUCAGACUUUUUUUUUUUAAUUCAUGGCUGUAUGUAAUAAAUGACUACGAAUAUUCUGUUCUAGUCUCUGUGUGUGCGUGUGUAUAUGUGUGUAUAAUACAUAAUAAUAGGGUACUUUGUCUUUAACCCGUUAAGGACUGAGGCAGUUGUACAAGCUGUGAUCAAAACUUAAAAAAAAACUUGAAUUUGCGCUAUAUGUCUGUUCAGGCGUAAUUCACAUCUUUCAUAUUAUGUGCACCCACACUUAUCAUAUAUCAUUUUGUUCAGUAGAAACGGAGCUUUCAUGUAACAUCAAAUAUUUGUAUAUGCAGAGCAUGAGGACGUCCAGCGUCAGAUAAUGGACCAAAGGUCUGUUUCAAUUCAGGAAGCCCUCUAGUGGCCGUCUGGUAGACAGCACCGAUCUCCUUCGAAGCUCCGCACCCUCCUCAGUCUUGCGGCGAGCAGGAUCUAAUGCACAAGCAUUUGAAUCAAUGCUUUCCUAUGUGGAAAAAUCUAACGCUAGAGGUCCUCAUGCAGAGCGUGAGGACGUCCAGUGUCCGAUAACGGACCAAAAUUCUGUUUGGUUUCCGGAAGCCCUCUAGUGGCUAUCUGAUGGACAGCCACAGAGGGCAGACUUAGAUCUGUAAUGUAAACAUUGCAGUUCUCUGGAACGGCAGUGUUUUCCAUUGCAGCACUCCGUGCAAAAGGGACACAGCACCCAGACCACUUCAAUGAGCUGAAGCAGUCUGGGUGCCUAAAUUGUCCCUUUGACGUGUUCCACUCUAGAUUUAUGUUUUUUAUUACAUUUAUAUUGAUGUCUUAGUUUCACAUCUUUUCUAGUUUGUAUUGCCUUUGCACUAUAUUAUUAAUCUCGACUAAAAAAAUAUAAAUAAAUAAGUUUCAUAAACAAUCUUGAAAUAAGUGUUUUCUGAAUGCUCUCUUAUCUUCCAAUCUAGGUUCCUAUCUCCCCUCCAGUUACUCUUUUUCCCCUUAUGGUAACAAAGUCACAGGCAGCGACGAGUCUGAGAAGUCUCGAGCUAGUCCAAGCGUCAGCUGUAAACCCACAUCUGAAUCUAAAGCUCUGGACAUUCUGCAGCAGCACGCAAGCCAUUACAAGAGCAAGUCUCCUACGGUAAGCUUAAACAGUUCAUUCCAGAUGGACUUCCCAGUGAACCAGUUAAAGAAGUUAGUGGUUGGGAUUUAUAGAAUACGUAUGUUGGAACAGGUCCCAGGGGGGCACUUCAGGCAGAUGGGUAAUGUCCUAUGAUUACAGGUAUUUCAGUUUGUGAGCAGUACUGAUUAUAAACAGAACAGCCAGCUUCAAUUUAGACUUCUUCCCUGCACAGGUCUUCUAAUGGCACUUCCAUAGCUCAGGACACAGACCACACCGGCUGUGGAAACACUGUAGUAGACUUCUGCAUGAAAGCUUAAAUAGGGACAAGAGAGGCAGACCUGUAGAUAUGUUCUUGGAUGUCUUCCUUUGGUGUCUGCUCCUUCUCCUGGAACUAGCUUGUCCUACUCUCUCCAUGCUCUUAGUGGUUUAUCUAUGUACAUACAGCAGGUAAUGAAAUAUGUAUGUUGGUAGUUGGAAUGCGUGACUAAGGGGACAGGCUUAUGCUGUAAUAGUGCAAAACAAUAUUUGAGCAUGGAAAUAUAAAUGAUGUUAUGGAGUAAAGGCAGGUGGGUUUCUAGCGUUAGUAGAGUGGUGUGGACGGCAGAUGAAACAACCCAAACCAGAGUCUUACUUAUUUUGUCAGAAGUAGGGGGAGUGCGUAGAUUGUAGGGUGUAGUGCCUCGAGAAAUCCUCAGAUGUGGCCUAAUAUUUAAGGUAACUAGGUGAAAAAAGGAUGACUAAGUCUUAAUAUUAUUUGGAGAAAUAGAUACACAUACAGUGUAUAGAGCUAUCAGUAAGCUCUGCUUUUGUACACAUUGGCGGUAUACUUCCUAUACCCUAUGCACACUGCAUGUUGUGGAGUCCUAAAUCUGUUAUGCAGUUGUAUUGGUGCCACUAAGCGUCCCUUUAACCCACAAUUCUGUUGGCACUAGAACAACACCUGUGUAAGAGAUGUAACCAGCAAAUUACUUCUAGGUACAUUGCUAUAAAUCCAUUAUACUUGAUUUAUGUAUACAGAUUUCUGAUAAAUCUCCCCACGACCGGGAUCGAGGAGGAUGCAGUGUACCUGGUGGUUCAGGAGGGGGCCCUGGCUGUAGCAGUAUGGGAGCCCCAGACAGGGGUGGGGACAGGAAUUCAGAAAGACCCCGCACUUCACCCUCCCAACGUUUAAUGUCCUCUCAUCACCACCAUCACCACCUUGGCUACUCCCUGCUUCCUGCACAAUACCAGCUGCCAUAUGGCCCAGGUAAGAUGGACAUUCCCUGUCCCUUGCUGCUUCUUAUCGCAAUAAAUGAAACCGGAUUUUUCUGUUAAACUGGAUGCAAUAUAAAGCUACGCUAAGUGCCUCUUUAUGCGAUAGUGGCCUAUAAAACUAACCGAGGAGCUGCUAAUGUUUCCAUAAAUUGCUACACAGUAAUCUGGAAUGUGCCAUUUAUCUCAUUAUGCUGGAGUGAGUUUUCCUUGCACUCUUGGCCACUUGCUGUGUCUUACAGCAGCUGCACAGCAGGCCCUCUAGUUUUAAGAUUUCAAUCUGCAGCGAGCGGCUCUCAUUGUUCUCGCUGUGUCUUCCAGCGUAAUGCAAAUUAAACAUAUGUUGUCUCCAAAAUCUGUCUCGGAAUAGUACUUUAGCACAGAUUGCUGCAGGCCCCCCACUGUGUAUAAAACUACCAUAACCUCCAUUACAACGAAGGCUUGCCGAAUAUGAUGGGAAUUACAAUCCAACAGCUGGCCUUUGUUCUGCCUGUGCUAGUGUGCUUUCAGAAAUGACUAGUUUUAAACUGUUUUGGUAAAUUGUAGAGUAUUUUCCAGAUCCAUAAUUGAAUAGUAUCCGUCAAAUUUUUCUUGCUUCUGUCAUAAUAUAAUCCCCCUUUUAGCCCGUAGAUUGUAUUAAAUAGCCUAUUCAAUUCUUGUAUUUAGAAAGUGCUUAAAUUAUGUUUAAUGCAUUCUAUCAUUCUUGGGUUUUAUAAAUUUUUACUUAUUUUUAUCUCCUGUGUUUUAUCUCUGUCAGUUGUUUCUUUUUGCUUUAACAUGCCCACUCUGCCAAAGGUAGAUCCCCAUCUACCUGCACAAUAGUCCCUGCAGAAUUUUCAUCAGGUGUCCAUUUGCCAUAGUAUAUAUUUAACCAAUUACUCUGAUAUGUUGGGGUCACAAUUUUAUGGAAACUGCCUAUGGUGUCACUGUACGCAAGCAGAUGUCUAUCUGUACGGUCGUUUCAUGCUCAUUUGAUUGCACCUUUCAUUUCAUUUAAGAGGUGUAUUAUCAUUGGGUGUAUGGGUGCAUUUACUAUGACCCAGUGAGUGUAGAGUCUUGAGGGUAUUUUACCUUUAGGGACCCAUAGUAAUUGCAGUGCCUCUUCAUUUAGCUCUGUUUUCAAGUUGUUUUUUUUCCACACCUUGCUUUUAGUUGUAAAUCAAACCCAAAGAGGAUUUACUAAAAAUUUAAACUGGGUGACUGGGUGACUGAAAAGCAUGGCCCGAUAGUAGCCUACGGAGAAGGUAGACAGAAUUCCUCGCUCCAGAGAUGAACUAGAAUAAAAAGCCAUUGAUUAAUUUCCUCGGUGUCUACAAGAAAAAGUUUAGUUGGGGACUCCUUGUCCUGACAAUGGCAUGUGUUGGGCAGAACAGUGGACUGCGAACAUUAAUGAUAUUGAUGUACACUUUGUAGGGGCUGAAAAAUAGAUCUUGGUUGCCUUUAUAAAUGUUAUGUUUUUCCAAUACAAAUUCUAGAGGUUUUCACACGUUUCUGGGAGGCCUGUCCUCUUUAGUGUGUAUCUUUUAACAAAAUCUUAUAGUAUUAAAAUGUGUCCACCUCCGAAUUUCUGAUCAGGUUAAAGUUUCUCUGUAACGCAAGUUUUAUGGACAAGAUAAUAAAACAUUCACAGGGUAAUAACAAAAGACUGUGUGUGAAAGCCUGUGGUGCUGUAUGCAUUAACAUGAAAAAUAAGAAAAAGCAACAUAUCACCCACUGUAUGGUUACACCCAUAGGGAACCCCAAAACUCCAUUAGGGGUUGCGUUUUGUCCGCCCGGCACGGCCUGCUGGAGUUACUUCUGAAGAAGUCCAUGCCAGAUACACAAAACGCAACCCCUGAUGGAGUUUACGAUUUCCCUGUGGCUGUAACCGUGGAGUGAAUGAUAUGCCACUUUUUAUUUCUUUUGUGAGGGCAAACGUCGUCAUAGACCUUCACAUAGUGCCUUGUGUUAUUACCCUAUGUAUGGUUUUUAUUAUCUUGUCUGUAGUACGUGUGACAUACUAGUGUCGAUUUGGGAGGAAUCUUCCUGCUACAGAAAAUGUGAAAAAUGAGGGGGAAAUAAUAUUGUGUAUUUCACCCCAACACAUUGGUGUUUCUGUAUCAUUUGAGGUAGGCUGUAAUUUUAGAGUAAAGCUUCUCUGUGCCUUUAAUUUGUGUAAUUGUCUCAUGAUUAACAAUAGUAUACCUUGUGGUUGUUCCUUUACAGGUUUGUCAUCUACAGCGAUUGUGGCAAGUCAGCAAGGCUCAGCUCCAUCACUGUACCCACCCCCCAGGAGGUGA